AUGUCAUGGACGCAACUGGGUGAAGAUUUUCCAGCUCCAAAAGCUGUGGUAGACAAGCCUCUUUCUCCACCACAACUUGGUAAGAGGUUCUAUGAGGUGUUUUAAGAUCUUAGUAUCUAAAGGUCCCUUAUCUUCCUCACUUGGGAGCCAAUUUGGUAUGGAAUGAAAAUCAGAAGCAUUGUGGUGGCCAUCCUAUUCAUAUUUAGCUGGGAGUAAGUCCCACUGGACUAUAUGGGGCUUAUUCUAAGUAGACAUGUAUUGACUUGUACUCCGUGUCACGUUGGUGGACUCCAUGACAUGAUUCUUUCCCAUACUCGUGCUUUCCUAGUUUCUGGAAGGAGUGAGACUGCAGUGUGAAGGAACCUCCUUAGGGCCUGUAGAUGUUCUCAUUGUGCAGUGAUGUUCUUGUGCAUUGUCUACAGAUGAAACCUUCAGACUCAUAUUUCAAACAAUACAUAACAGUUAUGCAGUAGAUAGUUGUGUUGCUUCAUUGGCAGGGUGGGGGGAAUCAAACAGCCACAGUAUGGCAAUUGAGUUGUUUGGUCACAUUCUAGCCAAAUAGACAUGAGAAGACACAGGUUCACAUCCCCAGUAACUAUGAAACCUUGUGGUUGGUUCUGGGCCAGAUACAAUCUGUUUGCCUAACCAACCUUGCAGAUGUUGUGAGAAUAAAAUGGAGGGGAAGAAAGAACCAUAAGAAAAUAAGUAAUAUUCUGCUGUGUCUAAUUUUUAGUGGACCACAAAGAAAAAAACCUUUGCAACUGGAUGGACUCUGGUUUCUAGUAAGUAUGAGCAGUCCUGAAUAGCAUGAUCAAUUUUAAAAAACUAAUCCUUGCAAUUGUAUGGAUAAAGUGUUUCAAUAUAAAGAGCCAACUGUACAUCUAAUAAUGAGAUGAUUGGAGUGGAUAAAAAUCUCAUUCACACACACACACACAGAGAGAGAGAGAGAGAGAGAGAGAGAGGUUGUUUUUUUUUAAAAGGAAAUGCCUUGUCUCUUUUAAACAAUAAGCUUCAUAACAAAUGAUCUAGUUAUAAACGUAUUGGUACUAGACACAUGGAUACGUUCUAUGUAGAUGAAGAAACAUGGAUAUUUACCAAACAUAGGCAUUUCAUUUCCAUCCACACACUUUAGCUCAAGCGUCUAGAUUACGUCUCCCAGUAGCUUCGUUUAUGGACACAGGGGACCAAAUGGGAUUCUGAAACACCCCACAGACCAAAGACCAUAGAAUGGGACAUAAGUCCUUCAGCAUUCCUCAACACAGGUUAUCCACCCAUGUGGCCAAGGCCAGUUCUGUCCCCAAGCCACAUCAGAUAUCAGACAGGAAUGCCUCCAAAAAAGCAGUAUAAUCCCCCAAACACCACCUUUUCCACUACCUUACUCAAGGGUGGAACAUAAAAUACUGGCCAAUAGUAGUCCAUAAUGAGAGGAUCCACAUUUGUUUUCUGUUUUCUUAACAAGAGUCUUACGGCAGACUCUCGUUUCCAUCACCCAAAUUACUUGAAAUCCCCCCAUUUUGCUGAUUGUCAGUGGGAUAACAACAUGAGGAAGCAUCUUGGCUCAACCUCAUGAGAGAAAGACUCUCAGAAACAGUUCACCAGGGCAGUAGUCUAGUUGUAUGAAUGGGUUUCUGCCCCAACACCCUGAAUCUGUUCCCAGACAGCUGCCACCUGUCUGCUUUCUAACAACCAGUCCAGGAGUGGUACUACCUUUUCAUCUCCUCCCCCUUAGUCUCCACGUGACUUUUGUUGUAUUGAGCAGGGAGCACCUCUCAUUGAUUCAAGCUCCUCCUAGUGCGAAUCUCUGUGCCGUCUGUGUUUCCAGUCCCCAUGGAUGCCAGCCAGCACUGCGCUGGGGGGGAAACAUGUUUUAUUCAUCCUGGUCAAUGAAUCAGAAAGAACUUUUCAAAAACUACCCUUACCAGAGUUCAUAGGAACAGGAGCAUCUUAGAAUGUGGAAGCAGGUUAAAAGCACCCUUCAACGUUGACCUUGAAUGCUGUUUUAUCUCCUGCCACCUUAGCAGCUAAAGAAGGGAAGGGCAGGGCAUUGGUGGAAAUUAUGGCUGCCCUGAAUCUUUCUGAGCUAAAAGGGUUUAUAUGCUACUCAUAAUAAAUUAGGGAUUUCUGAAAGGAGGGAGGUAGUUUCCCAAGAACGCACACAUUUCCUAAGUAACCUGUAUCCAUAAUAACCAGCAGCCUUUAUUUUUUAUGAAACUUUUAUUGGCAUGUUGUCUUAAUAUAUGGUUACCAGACGUCCCUGUUUCCCGGGGACAGUCCCUGGAUUUACAAAUUUGUCCCUGGACAAAAUCCGUCCCCGGAAUGUCCCCGGAUUUUAUUUAAUGUCCCCGGAUUUAUAUUUUAAGUGCUGUAGAUUUAUUAGUAGGGAAAGAGUGUUGUGUGAUUGGUUCAAUGGCACAAGACACAUCAUAUGGGGACUUCCGGCGAGGCAAAAUGGCGGGCACCAUGGCAGCGAGCAGCUCCUGAAGCCAAACAGAGCCAACUGUGCUACCAAGCUGGCUCCAGGCUGCUGACUGCCGCUGCUGCUGCCACUGCCGAAGGGGAACUGGGGGAACCCCUGACACACCCCCACCUACCUACCCCUGGUAUCCAAAUCAAGCUGGGAGUGAGAGCACCCAGCCAACUGCCCAGCGGUGCUCCAGGGUCAGGAAAACCCUGAAGCUGAUGCAGGGAGAAGGAGGAGAGGAGAAGGAGAAGGAAGAGAGAGAAAGAGGAAGGAGAAAAAAAGGGGAGCCACUGAGAAGGAGAGGUAGGAGAGCACCAGGAGGGCAAGGACAUGUGGCUGAGCCCAGACCUGGCCCGGCCCGAGCCUACUCCAUGGCGGCUAGCACUCCAAGAGAGCAGGCUGGGGCCCAGAGGAAGGCCGCGUGACAGAGGAGACCACAGAAAAGAUUACAUCUUAAAAUAAUAAUAAUAACUUUUUUUCUCUUUUCAAAAAAAAAAGUGUCCCCAGAUUCUUGGAAAAAAAUCUGGUAACCUUACCUUAAUAGGCAAACUUCCUGGAUUAAUGGUCAUCCAGGAACUAGGAUUAUAAAAAAUAAUAAUGUUAAACUAGCAAGCAGAAUAAUAUAAAGAAACUAUAUCAGACUGGCAAACUUCCUAAGCAGUCGCAAAGAAUCUCUUGCCACAUCUGUUUUGUAAAUAAGUGGAUCAGAGUUCUGGAUAUUUAAUCCUCCCUCUUGAACGGCAACAACCAGUUUCCCCACCUUUCUUUUGACAGCUUAUCUGAAAGCGAAGAUCUUCAAGAAAGCCAAGGCAAAGCAGCAGGUAAGGCAACACUAGGUCUUUAUUUGACAAUAACGCGGUACAGGAAGGGUGCCUAAAGUAGGUCAUUAGAAAUCCUUCAUGAAACAUUGCACCAUUCAUUUAAUCAUGAUUCAGAGCAAACAUUUGCUUAAUCAGACAAACACUGACUCUUUAGAAUUACAUGUAGAAAGAGCAGAGGCCAAAGCCAUGAGGCAAAUCUGAGUAAACAAAGACAGUGCAUUACAUCAAUGACUUGCUAACUACUUUUCUGUCCCAUUUCUAACCGAGCUCACAAUGUUUUCAAACUAUUUCUUUCACAUUCCAUGUUCCUUUUUCUGCUGUUUUUGAGUUUUGGAUCCUGCCUUACAUUGUACCACUUUUAAACUGCAAAUUGAUAACCGCAGAUACAAUUAACUUCACGUCAGUGAAAAAGUGUUCAGUAAUCCAAGUUGCUAGUCACGUUGUGUUUUUUCACAGUAACGUUGUCACUAUAUUCAUAUACUGAACUGUUUUAUAGAGUUAUUACUUCAAAUCCAAUGCAUCACCCGAAGUGCUUAAACAGCCAGAUGUAGUCACACUCAGCUUCUGUAAUUCUGUCCGAAAAUCAACUUAUUCAGCUUCAGGGAUCCCAGCUGUAAAGCUUCAUGGUCUGGAAUACAUUUACAAGGCUCCACAUGUCAUCCAAGUGUGCAAGAAGUUUCAGGGCAUGUGGUCUGGAAUUUGGUUUUGUAGAACCAAAAUAACUGUUUCAACUAGGCUAGAUCUAAUCUGGAGGUUGCAAGGGCCAAUGCAGCAUGGGAUCUUGGUGGACUGAUGGCUGGUGCUAUUCCCGAAAAUAUAUCAGUCAUCUGCACACCUGGUAGAAUGUGUUUCAAUGGCCAGACUUACUUUUUAUAAUGCCCAACCCAGGAAGAAUGGAAGAAAUUUAAUGAUUAUUUAGUUAAGUUUGUCAAGUUAAAUUAACUGGAAAUAGCUUGCAGAUACUUAUUGGGCUUAGGAUUUUAUUUAUGUUAAGUGAUGAAGUAAUAUGUUUAAUUCUAUAAGGUGAAGAUUUAAGGAUGUUAAUGUUUAAGUUAAAUGUCAUAAAAAUUGGGAUUUGGAAAACGGUUAAAAGGACAUGCAAUGAAAUUCAACUAAGGGGAAGCGAGGAAGUCACUUAACAAAGUUAAUAACUGUAAUUUUCAAUAAGGCUAUGAUCUAUGUUUGUUUUGUUUGUUUGUCUUGUGUGUUUGUUUGUUUUUUAUAAUAUUGUGAAAACCAAUAAAACUCUUUUUUGGGGGGAAAUAUAAUGCCCAACCCUUUAUAUAAUUGGCUGACCCUACCAUUAGGCAGAGUGAAGCAGCCACCUUGAGCAACCUGCUUUUAGGUGCCAUGAAAGGUCAGCACUUUGUUAUUUCAAUUAAUAUGAUUGCAUUUUCACUGCCGUAGAGGGGAAGAGGUGUCUGUGGGAUUUUCUGCCUCUGGCACCAAAAUAAUUUAGCUAGCCAUGGGUACUAUUCACUUGACUUGGAGGAUUGGACCUCUUUUGCUCUUGUGCUUCCGGAAGCAAAAUACAUUGGGCUGGCCCUAUCCCAAAGAAUUCUGGGAACUGUAGUUUGUUAAGAGUGCUAAGAAUUGUUGCUGUGCGAGGGGGCAACUACAGUUCCCAGAAUUCUUUGGGGGAAGCCAUGUGCUUUCAAUGUGCUUUGAAUGUACUUUAAAUGUAUGGACCUUCCCAAAAAUAUUGGAUGAAAAUCUUCUUAGAAUCAUUGUAUUGUAUAGCUGGAAGUGAUCCUGAGAAUCAUUCUAGACCAGUGAUGGCCAAACUUGGCCCUCCAGCUGUUUUUGGACUGCAACUCUCAUCAUCCCUAGCUAACAGGACCAGUGGUCAGGGAUGAUGGGCAUUGUAAUCCCAAAACAGCUGGAGGGACGAGUUUGGCCAUCACUGUCCCAGACCAACCCUCUGCAAUGCAGGAAUCUCAGCUACAUCACACAUGACAGAUGGCCCUCCAAUCUCUGCUUAAAAACCUCCAAGGAGGGAGAGUCCACAACCUCCAGAGGGAGACUGUUCCACUGUCAAACAGCUUUUACUGUCUUCCUGAUGUUUAGCUGCAAUCUCCUUUCUUGUAACUUGACUCCAUUGGUUCGAAUCCUACCCUCCAGUGUAGGAGAAAACAAGCUUGCUCCAUCUUCCAUGUGACGGCCCUUAAGAUAGUUGAAGCUGGCCAUCAUAUCUCCUCUCAGUUCCUUCUUUUCCAGGUUGAACAUACCCAACUCCCUCAACAGUUCCUCAUCAGGCUUGGUUGCCCUCCCCGCAUAUGUUCCCGCUUGUCAAUAUCCAUCUUAAAUUGUGGUGCCCAGAACUGGACACAAUACUCCAGGUGGGGUCUGACCAAUGCAGAACAGAGUGGUACUAUUACUUCCAUUGACUUGGAAGAAGAAGAAGAAGAGUUGAUUUGAUAUCCCACUUUAUCACUACCCAAAGGAGUCUCAAAGCAGCUAACAUUCUCCUUUCCCUUCCUCCCCCACAAGAAACACUCUGUGAGGUGAGUGGGGCUGAGAGACUUCAAAGAAGUGUGACUGGCCCAAGGUCACCCAGCAGCUGCAUGUGGAGGAGUGGAGACGCGUACCCAGUUCACCAGAUUACGAGUCCACCGCUCUUAACCACUACACCACACUGGCUCUCUUGGACACUAUACAUUGGUUGAUGCAGCCUAGAAUAGCAUUAGCUAUUCUUCAUAUUACAAUACUGUUGUUACCCAUUUUAUUUGUGGCAAUACAUACUACCAACACACAAAUAUAUUUGCAGCAGAAAAAGACAUUUCCCAUGUCUCAGUUUUUUUGUUUCUAUGAAUGAAUAACUUUUGUCAUCCCUUUAUCUCCUUUGCAAAAAAAAAAAUACCUGGUCAUGCAGUGAAGUUCAAAUCUUGAUUUUAAAAAUCCUGCCUGUUGGAUUUAAGGAAAAAUUAAAUAUCAAUGAAUUCUGUUUCUUUGCAGCUCUUUCACCUCCCUCAGGAAUGGCCCAAAUGACCGUGCAAAAUUACAUGCGGUAGGCUCAUGUAUGGUGUUUAUGUGCAUGUUGUGAGCUAUUCACUUCUACAUUUCAAAAUUCAGUGAAGGCAGUGCAAUUAAUUGUGUAGGGAAGCUUUCGACGUCUGAACUGUAGGGUGGCAGGAAGAAUAUUUGUUAGCUUAAUGAUGACAUCUACAUUUUCCCAGUAUUAAGCUAAAUGUGGUAUGUAUAAUUAGCCAGAAUUGUAUGUGGGUGUAAAUGUGAAAUAUUCACGCUAAAAUAUGGAGCAAUCUUUCAUGCUAACACAAGCAAGUAACAAGGAGGGGAAGAGGCUUAUGCCCUCUGAUGUGUAGAUCUGUCCAACGGGAUGUGAGUAAAAACAGGGUUAAGGCGCACAGUCAGAUGUUCCUACAUGUAAGCAACCCAUUGUUCAACGGUCACAUGAGGGAACAGUCAGACGAACCUGGCUGUACACAUAGACAGCUGGCAGCCCUUUCUCUAAUUGUAGUAGAAAAAAGACAGUCACGGAAACCGAAAACUACAGAAAACAAAUGAAAUACCGUGAAAAUCCCUGAAACGAGAAGUAAUCGGCUAGAAAUAUUAUCUUAUAGAAUUAAACUAAAUAACAAAAAUCACAAAGUUUAAGGAAAAAAUCCAAACAACUUAGAAUUGAACAAAGCCUUAACGGGAUGCUGGCUACAAACCUCGUUUCACUAAACCAUUCAGUUUCCUCAGAAGGAAAUAGAGAAAUCAUAAACCUUAAAUGAUUUUAAACAAACUCGAGAACAGGACUGAAACGCUCCCCUGAGUUUACAAAAAAAGUUUGAAAACCUCAAUAGCGAGUUUAAGACACAGCCCUAUCUAAAGCAAGCCAAGCAGUUGUGAUAAGGAGUUGAGGACUCGGCUGUGAAAACUCUAGUAUUGCCCUUACAAAAAGGUUUUAAAAAACCUACAUAGUACAAAUUCAAAAAACGGAAUACUAAGAUAAGCUGUUUUAGAUUUUAAACAAACUCCGCUGCUUGCGGAGAGGUCCGCGAAGCCUGGACGCGCUGAGCUGAGCGCGCAGGCUUCAGCAUGCAGGCAAGUCUCCGCAAGCAGCGGGAGCGCUCCCGCUGCUUGCGGAGAGGUCAGUGAAGCCUGGACGCGCUGAGCUCAGCGCACGCAGGCUUCAGCAUGCAGGCAACUCUCCGCAAGCAGCGGGAGCGCUCCCGCGGCUUGUGGAGAGGUCCGCGAAGCCUGGACGUGCUAAGCUCAGCGCGCGCAGGCUUCAGCAUGCAGGCAACUCUCCGCAAGCAGCGAGAGCCCAGCGCUGGGCUCCCGCUGCUUGCGGAGAGGUGCGCGAAGCCUGCAUUUGCCCCCUAGGACGCACACACAUUUCCCCUUCAUUUUUGGAGGGGGAAAAGUGCGUCCUAUAGGGCGAAAAAUACGGUAAUUCCUUUAUCUCUUUUAUGAAUUACGUUUUAUAUAUGUUUCCAGGUGAUCUAGAAAAACGGACCUCUGGGAUAGAGGGCAUUUGAGGCGGGGGUUGAGGAGAUUGCAGCUCACGCUUCCGUAAUCCAUUGCCGACAGCAAACUAGUUAACAAGUCGCAGCUAGAAAUCUUGACAAAAUAAAGAUAUGAGGGUGUUCCUUCUGGUAUUGCUCAUUGCAUGUUACAGAGAUAGAGCUUUAUUAAAAGCAGUUAUAUCUUUCUAGAAAGUAGGUGGUUAGAGAACGUGUGCUCCCCAAAGACUUCCAAAGCUACGCCAUCUGUCAAAAGCAAAGAAGCUCUGCCACCUUUAUAAUUAGCAUUUACCGGUACCUAACACCUACAUUCUAACACCUCCUGUAACAUACUGUUCCUGAGAACAAAUGUGUUUGCCACAGUAUCAUACAUGCUCUUCUCCUGAAGAGCUCCGGCAAAGUAACAUUUUGAACUAAAAGAAAGAUGCAAAUGUUUACUCCAGAAAGAAAUUAUAAUGACAUCCCAGAGGACCUUGAGUGUAAACAAAUUUCAUUGUUGCUUUCUCCCACUACUAUAGAUCCCUGCAUCAGUUUUCAGAAAUGCCGGUCCUUUCACGAUGGAAUAGUGCUGGCUCAUCCCAUUCUCUUCCCAGUGCCCCCAAAAGGUCAGCAUCAACCAGAUUUCAAUGUUUGCGGCUUUCACGGUGCACGACACACGACUCAAAUUCGGCUAUGCGGGACGGGAAGUUUUUUCUGGUGCUUUGUUUUUCUGCGGAAAAUUUUCUGUUUCACAAGUUCAUUAGUAGCAACGAACGGCUGCCAAUUGCAAAUAAAUAUUGGGCAUACUUGGCAGUUUUGAAGUGUUUGGCUUUGUUUACUCAAUCCGAGUAAAAUAAACAUGCUAAAUUACAUCACUCUCAAGGGCAGCAGAAAAUGUUCUGAUGCAAACUGAAAAAAAUUCUGAUGCAAAUUGCCCUGCUUUCCAACUCAGAAUUUCCCAGAAAGCCCGCAUUGGUGCUCAAAGAAAAUGUUCGUUUGUUUGUUUGUUAAUUUCAUAUAAUUUACACGCCGCUUGAUUGUAAAAACAAGACAAAAGGUAAAGGGAACCCUGACCAUUAGGCCCAGUCAUGGCCGACUCUGGGGUUGCAGCGCUCAUCUUACUUUAUUGGCCGAGGGAGCCAGCGUGCAGCUUCUGGGUCAUGUGGUCAGCAUGACUAAGCUGCUUCUGGCGAACCAGAGCAGCGCACGGAAACGCUGUUUACCUUCCUGCCGGAGUGGUACCUAUUUCUCUACUUGCACUUUGACGUGCUUUUGAACUGCUAGGUUGGCAGGAGCAGGGACCGAGCAACGGGAGCUCACCCCGUCGCGGGGAUUCGAACCACCGACCAACUGAUCGGCAAGUCCUAGGCUCUGUGGUUUAACCCACAGCGCCACCCAGACCCACCCAAAAACGGAAAGUGGUUGGACCUAAAUAGAUAUGCACGUUUGGUAGAUGAUGCAGAAGCCGUCCCCAUGGCCCAUUCCAGAUGUGUGUGCAUGUGUGCAAUUCAAUUGUUUCAUCUUCCAGCAUCAGUGUGCUCUGCCAUGGUAACUGACAGCAGUCAAAGCUAGUGAGGAUGUGUGGCUGAGCAUUUUCCUUUUCAGUGGCUUCACAGCACAUGCCAGAUUCUCAUGGCUCAGUUGCCCCCAAAUUCCUCUGAGCUUCAGACCCUGGUUUAGUUAUGAUUCGCAAUGUUCAGAAUGUUCUCUGGUUCUCUCCAGGAACAAAUUUUUGAAACUUGUAAUGCUCACCUUAAAUAGGUAAAAAAAAAGGUAAUGGUAAAGGACCCCUGGACGGUUAAGUCCAGUCAAAGCUGACUCUGGUGUUGCGGCGCUCAUCUUGCUUUCAGGCCGAGGGAGCCGGCGUUUGUCCACAGACAGCUUUCCGGGUCAUGUGGCCAGCAUGACUAAACUGCUUCUGGUGCAACAGAACACCGUGAAGGAAACCAGAGCGCACGGAAAUGCCACUUACCUUCCCGCCGGAGCGGUACCUAUUUAUCUACUUGCACUGGUGUGCUUUCAAACUGCUAGGUUGGCAGGAGCUGGGACAGAGCAACCGGAGCUCACCCCCUUGCAGGGAUUCGAACCGCUGACCUUCUGAUCCGCAAGCCCAAGAGGCUCAUGGUUUAGACCACCCGCAUCCCUCAACUUAAAUACAAGGGGAGCGGACCACCAUAGACCCGAAAGUUCUCCUGGAUGCAUUCCAAUUUGAGCUAGAGAAAAAUUAAAGCCCUCUUUCCCUGCCACCCAUCUCCAAACCCUACCCUCGUCCGAGCCACUUUCCUUUCCUCCUGCCUCAGCAGAAUGGAGAAAGGGGUAUUUUUCUCUCCUCCACUACUGUUGGCACUUAGCACCCUGCUGAGGCUACAUGCAAGAUGCCAGAAAGUGUCAUUUCCCCAAGUAUUACAGCUGCACUGAAACUAUAUAUCCCAGCAGUCCUGGUGCCUGCUCACAGCUAUAGUAGUAUGCCCAGUGCCAGAGAAGGGCAUGACAGUGACAGAGACCUCCCUCCCUUUCUCCGUUCUACUGCUGUUGUUGCAGUAGAUUGAGGUCCAGUGCCAAGGGCCUUCCAGCAGUUCCUUCUCUGCGAGAAGUGAGGUCACAGGGAACCAGGCAGAGGGCCUUCUUGGUAGUGGUGCCUGCCCUGUGGAAUGCCCUCCCAGCAGAUGUCAAGGCAAUAAACAACUAUUUUACUUUUAAAAGACAACUGAAGGCGGCCAUGUUUAGGGACGUUUUUAAUGUCCGACGCUGUAUUGUUUUUAAUAUUCGGUUGGAAGCCGCCCUGAGUGGCUUUGGUAACCCAGCCAGAUGGGUGGGGUAUAAAUAAUAAAUUAUUAUUAUUAUUAUUAUUAUUAUUAGCCAGUAAGCAAGUCGGGAGAAGGGAUGGGAUUAGGCAGGAGGGAGGCAAGUAGAUGGGCGAGAGGAAAGGAUCUGAACUCUCACCAGGCAACGUUGAGAGAGAUAUCCCAGUCACAUAACCAGGGAUGCAACAGGGCCUGAUGUGGUUUGACCAAUUCCAACUGAAGAUGAGGUUGAGUUGAUCAGCAAUCCAGAAAAUUGGAUUGAGUUGCAUGAAAGAGAAGGAGCCAAAAGGCCCUUUGGAUGCGUUCCCUCUUAAUAGGAGAAGUCUCUCCCACUCUGAAAUCAUUUGGGAUCUUCUCUCUGUUCACUUCCAUUAGGGUGUAUUGUGUUGAGAUUUCCUUUUAAAAAAUAAAAAUAAAAAUUUUUAUUAACAGGCCAAUCACAUCACAUUAUCCAAAUCACAUUAGUUCCAAAUUAUACAGCCGAAUUUUAAAUUUUGUUGGGGGUACCCAUACAUCAAGUUCCGGACGAGUCCAAACAUCACUUAUAUUGCUGCAUUAAUUAAACAGUUCUAUCCAGUUCAAUCCAGAUAGUCCUUUAUUACUUCCUUCUUCAUCUUCUUGUUGUUAUCGUAUAUUCCUUUCUUUGCGAUCUCUGAUGAUUUUCACAAGCAGAUUGGAAACAGACAUGCUCUGUGUGGGUUUUGUACUCUCCAAAGAUCGUAUCGCUCAGGGACAGCCGCUGUUCCUCGCUUCCAUAAAAAAAAAUUAACCUUCGAUCUGUCCUUUACUUUUCUCAGACUUGCCCAGUAUAUCAGGAGGCUCUGUCAGGUCAAAAUUACAUUCCAGCAAUCCUUCUCAUUCCAGUGGUCCUGUUUCUCCUCCCCCUGUCCUUCUUUCUCCGGCAAGCCUGUCUUGGCGCGAUGCCAUUUUUUGACUCCGUCAUAGAAUUUCCCUCCGUUCUCAUUGUUUACCAAUCCUUUCUUUAGCUAUAUUCCAUCCCACACAGUUCUUAACUUCCUGCUUGUGAUUAGUAAAACGCAACAAUCUUGUUUCUUUCUGGCGUGAAGGGUUAUUAAUAUCACAUAGUACAAAGAAAAAAGGUUUUUUCCUCCACCCCCCCCUUCAUUCCAAACAUACAGUCUCAUAAUGGUGAUUCAUCAGAAGAUCUACUUAUCCGUCCAUCACUCCUGGUCACAGAGAUCCAUUAAUCAGCAGUCUUAUCUCUCAAGCGUUACUUGAUGUAUGUGCUUCAGCUUCAUUCCAAUCGUAUGUUUCCAAUUAUAAUUCCGAGCUGAAGCUAACCAGCACGCGCUGAUUGGAAUCGGCGUCAGGAAGAGCUGACCGCAUCGAGGGCUCGUGCCAAGUGACCGGCACCCCCAGACCUCGGAUCUGGGGGUGCAUUGUGGACACCGCUGGCAAGGCAGGGGCCCCCCCAUCUCCUUGGGGGGGUAGGAAGACUGCAUACUUCCCAUAGCAGCCUCUUAAUUACCUCGUAUGGGUCAGAGAGAUGUUAUUGUUGGCCAUCUUCCAAUGCGCCACCUGGUGGCCCCCCUGUGUUGAGAUUUCCAUCCCACCUUAAGGAACAGAUGUGUAUCACAUGUCUGUUUACAUUCCAGCACAGUAUGGUAGGAACUUCUGUUGUGUAUAGCUUUUGCUCUGCCCAUUCUCUCUGAGAUGACAUGAGAGAGAGACAUGUUUCUUUGUCCUGAUUUAUGAUUAAUAAAUCUGUAGUUGUAGUAUGCUUCCACAAGCCUCACGCCUAUUCUGUGUGCGCAGUUCUCUCGCUGAUAGAGUGCCCUGGCUUUGAAGCCUGGGUCGCUGAUUUACGUCAGAGCAUGGGCCGAUGGAAGGAGACGGCACAGCUGGGGUUUGCCAGCUGGCCUCCCGGCCCUCUGCAUGUUGGCCCAUGUGUUAGUUUUCUCUGUGUGGUUAGAAGCCGAAUUCUGUGGAGGGUUUGGCUCAUGCACUGGCCAUGAGGCAAAGUCUUCCUGGAGUUGUAGUUCCAGUGUCUUUGAGUGACCAGUAUUAAACCGAAGGAGCUGCGCACUGACCAUUGUCUACAUUACACCCAUUGAUUGACUGUGUUUCUAGUUUGAUUAAUUUCAGGGAUGAAAACUUAAUACAUAAUGAAACUCCAAAACAUUCCUAGGAAUCUUCAUGACAUGAAAGAGAGUUGUACUUAAGUGAGCGUUGGAUGGGUGACAAGCAAAAUUAUUACCUGAAACUCUUGACAUGAGUAAUGAUUAUUGAAAUGGACAUGUGCAUUGUUACCUGGCUUGAGUCAUUGGGAUGAGGUGAGCUAUAAGCCCAAAUAAAUAAAUAAAUAAAUAAAUAAAUGUAAACAAAUUACUUUUGUAAAGCGUAGUUUAUUUAUCUGGGAACAAAUUUAAAGUUUACAAUGUCAAUUUAGAAUUGUUGGGUGGUAGCUUCUCAUAGGCCAUUUUGUACUUGUCUAGCUCAGAGAUAAUGGGACACGGGAGGUGCUGUGGUCUAAACCACAGAGCCUAGGGCUUGCCAAUCAGAAGGUUGGCGGUUCGAAUCCCUGCAACUGGGUGAGCUCCCGUUGUUCAGUCCCAGCUCCUGCCAACCUAGCAGUUCGAAAGCACAUCAAAGUGCAAGUAGAUAAAUAGGUACCGCUCCGGCGGGAAGGUAAAUGGCAUUUCCGUGUGCUGCUCUGGUUCGCCAGAAGCGGCUUAGUCAUCCUGGCCACAUGACCUGGAAAAACUGUCUGCAGACAAACGCCGGCUCCCUCGGCCUGUAGAGCGAGAUGAGCGUGCAACCCCAGAGUCAUCUGUGACUGGACCUAAUGGUCAGGGGUACCUUUACCUUUACCUAGUUCAGACAUAGCCAAUGUCAUUACAUCCAGAUUUUGUUGGGCUCCAACUCCCAUCAGGCCAAACCAGCAUGGCCAGUGGUCAGAGAUGAUGGUUGAUGUAGUACAGCAACAUCUGAAGAGUACCACAUUGAUCACUGCUCAUCUAGCUCCACAAUACAGACAUGAGAUAGGAAGAAGGAAGAAUGAUAUCCAGUUAAAUCGUGCUCAGAGUAGGUCCAUUGAAAUCAGCAGAGUUAUGUACAUUGAUUUCACUGAGUAUGAUUCAUUCUGGAUAUAUUUUAGCUUAGUGAAAUGAAAUAACAUGUCAAGCCAGCAGCAUAAUUUAUGUGGUUGUUUUCUCUAUAGUGUCACUGAAUGGUUAGAUUUCUCGGAAAAAGAUCCAGUUGAGAUUCUGCUGGAUUUGGGGUUUGGUACAGAUGAGCCUGACAUCUGCACUAAAAUCCCUUCCCGGUUCAUCAGUUGUGCUUCCAUAGCUAAAGGAAUCAACAUCCGGGUUUUCAUUGAAGCUCAAAGAAAACGAAUGGAUAUAGAAAGCCCCAAUUUAUGUGGUAAGUAAAUGAAAAUAGAUUUUUUUGUGUUGUGGGAGUGAGGAAAUGUUUUGGAGAGAUGAGCUCAUUCUCAUAAGCAGAAGGUUUUGCUGAGGGGGGGGAGAUCAGGAGAAUAAAUCUUAUUACAACCAUCAAACACUUUGAGAGGUUAGUCCAGUGGACUGUUCAUUGAAAUCAACUGAGGUAUCUGUACUUAAUAAAUAUGGUAAGGUAUUUUUGGACAGCAGCCAGCUUUGAGUGUCUGAAAGGGUUUUCAUUAUGGCUGCCUCUGAUUCAGAAUUGCUUUCUAUGUAAGCCCAUUCAAUCAAAUUAUAGCAGAAAAUAAUACUCUGCUUCGAUAAUGAAAGGAGAAUCUGACCCACUAUAUCUAUACUGUAUAGUAUACUGAAUUUGUAGUAGUUCCUGUGAGGUUUCGAACACUCAUUGGCUGAGCUAGGAUGGUGUCAAAAAAUGUUCAAUCAGAGAAAGAAGUUGUUAGAAUGUUCGAAAUCUAGUUUCUGUAAGAGAAGAAGUUGUCAGUAUGGCUUGCGCUAAUAUGAAGUUCAGUUUGUCGGGCUAUUUAGCUUAGGGCCAAGUUGAAAUGUAAGAAUGCAAUCUAAUGUUGGAAUUAAGAAGAAUAGAAGAUGGAGAAUUCACUGCUUAUCCUCCUUAAGAGGUCAAUUACAAUAGAUUAACAAACACAACAGGUCAACAAAUGUUACUUUAGCCAUGUGGAAAAUUUGCUUUUCUUUUACUAGCAAAAUUGUAUAGUAGCUGCUGUUUAAAUGGCACAACCACUCAGACAAGGACUGAUCGUGUGGACCUUGACCAAAAGCUGAAGUGGUUGGGCCAUUUACAUGUUAUCCCUUUCUACAUAGGAGCAGCUCUCAGAAGACCAACUCUUUGGUAGCUUCUAAAAAGGCUCUUUAAUAUGAGGUGCUUUGUUAGCUUUUAGUUUGUAGAAUGUGUGUGGUAGGUAGGGAUGGGGAGAAAUUUGAUUCAGUUCACAUUUAAAGGCAGAUCUAUCAAAUUCAUACUUUUGGAAAUAAAUGAGAACCAAAGCACAGCCAUUCUUCAAAAUUCACACUUGCUCAAAUUUUGAGAUACAGUUCCCCAACCAAGCAACGUUUACCAAAAAAUAAAUAAAUCAUCUGUUGGGGAAAGGCAUGCAUUAAAAUUAAUAAUAAAAAAUGCAUUAUAUCGGGGGAAGUUGAUUGAAAAGUGUAUACAGUAGUCAAAGCUGCAUACAAACGUGCUUCUUCAGAGAAAUGUUCAUUAAAAUGUUGAUGAAUUUUCAUGAGGAUUAUGUGUGCGUGCAAAACCCCCACAAAUUGCUGCAGAAAUGUGGACGACUGAAUUUAAUAUGGGGGGAAAAUGAGAAACCGAAAGAACUGAAAUCAUCAGAUCCUUCCAUCUUUGGGGCAGGUAAAAAAAUCCUCCCUAGGUGAUAAUAAUAUGACUUUGCCCAUUUCUGAUUAUCAAAGAGCCCCUUUUCUUUUAUUCUAAAUACCCUAAAAUUGACACACAGGUUUAAUAUAAAUGUGAUAAGUGUUAAAGAAAACCUGAAGUGUGUGCUUCAGGGUUUUAUUGCUGAGUGAAGGAUGGUUAAUGAAAAGUCCAAGUCUCUGAUUCACCUCUGCAAAUACCCAGAUUAGACUCAAUUAAUAGUUCCCUCCAAGAUAUCUUUAUCAUGGCAAAGGUUCUCUCCUGAGGCCAUUUCCCUCGUUGCAAUCCAUAAAUGGUUGGACCAUGGGAGUCCUUUUAACAACAGCAUGUUCCCCUCUGUCAGGGUUGCUGAUGCAUGUGUUCUAAGGUUACACAUGAUUAGGAAUGAAUGAAUCUGCCAAUUCUGGUUUCUUACAGUUUCUUACAGUUCUUCAUUUUUCCAUUUUUAAGUUUAGUUCACUCUAUUUCUACAUCAGUCUACAUUUUUAAGAAGUUGCCACACAAAAAUCAUAUGCAUUUUAUUCACAGUUUUCCUAAUACGUGCAAUUUCAUAAGCCAUUUAUCCCAAUCGAAUGUAUUCAUUAAUAUAUAACACAUCAUCAUUAAUUUAUUUAUUUCAUAUGCAUUUGGGGACUCAUUUUCCCCAAACACACAUAGUUUUUGUACACAUUUUUGGGGUUGAGAACUGCACCACAAAAUUCAAAGACGGGCAAAUUUCAAAGGAAUUUCAGUUCUGAUUCAUAAAAUAGAGCUGCCAAACGUUUAUCCUACAUAUAAUAGACAUAUAACUAUGUACAACAUGUGUGACGGCCACAAAGCUCUGUGGAAGCAACCACAUUGCAGUGUUAACAAUACGAUCUGAGUUUAGAGAUUUAGCGUUGUCUGUCUUCAACUUGUUGUAUGAAGCCUGGAAGCUUUCUAGGUUUGGUCUGCAACUAAACAAACAAAUGCAUAAGUUUUGUUUUCAUCUGUCUCAAACAUCAGGACGUUUUCGGCAAUUGGAAGUCCUGGAUCAUGUGACUAGUGCCUUUUCUUCUUUGCUGAAUGACAUCAACACCCUGCAUCAUAAGUCGGAAGAGAGAACCGGAGAGGAGAAUUGUGCAGUGGGCUCUCCGAAGCGGAAUCUUGUGGUCACACAGGCAAAGAGGAGGAGAAUAGGUCAGCUCCUGAGAAAAGUGUCCAGGCAGACAACAAUGCAUAGCCCUCAAGUGUACCGAAAUGCUGGCACAUGCCAGGCCAAAGAAGACAAUUCUUCUGUUGAUGUGGACCUGCACAUGGCAAUGCGGACUGGCUUGUCUGAAAACCCUGCCUUGGUCCCUCUGAAAGAAGAACCGUUUCCAAGUGAGAAGGAGGCAAAGACUCCACAAUCCAUAGCAAGUAAACCUUGGGUGUUGCCUCACCUUCCAGUGAAACUGCCUCAUUUUCCUUCCACCUCUGAGAUGCUCAUUAAAGACAGACCACGCAAAGAACCCAAUAUCCUUUUGACCCAUACGCUCAGGAGAGUGUCUAGCUUCAACUGCAAGCCUUCAGAUUCCUUUGAAAUGGAGGAGGUAAGACAGAUUGCUGUGUGUUGUGCAUAGAUAGGUGAUGGAGGCACAGAGGAAAGUUGGUUUUAGUCUACAUCUUAUUUUAAAAUAGUUCUACGCCACUUUCCAGUCAAUGCUUGUCCAAAGUGGCUUAUAGCAGUAAAAAAAACAAAGUAAACCAUAGAUCAUUGUUAAAAAUAUAUGGGUUAAACCACAGAGCCUAGGACUUGCCAAUCAGAAGGUAGGCGGUUCGAAUCCCUGCAACGAGGCGAGCUCCCAUUGCUCGGUUCCUGCUCCUGCCAACCUAGCAGUUUGAAAGCACGUCAAAGUGCAAGUAGAUAAAUAGGUACCACUCCAGCAGGAAGGUAAAUGGCAUUUCCGUGCGCUGCUCUGGUUUGCCAGAAGCGGCUUAGUCAUGCUGGCCACAUGACCUGGAAGCUGUACGCUGGCUCCCUCGGCCAGUAAAGCGAGAUGAGCGCUGCAACCCCAGAGUCGGCCAUGACUGGACCUAAUGUUCCGGGGUCCCUUUACCUUUACAUAAAAGAAUAAAACUCAUCCAAUGAAUUAGAAAUCCAUAGGCCAUGAAACAUAACUCUAGACCCAGCCCAUCCAGUGUCAAUUUCAUUUUACCAGUCUUCAGUUCAUCACAUUUCUGUAUCAAUUUGUGAUUUUGUCAGGAAGUCCUGAAACAACCCUCCUUUUUGUAAGUAAUUUCUCCUUAUAUGAUGAAUGCUUAUGCUGUUUUCACCAAUAUAUGCACACUUAGGCACAUUCCUCACCCCUCCAAUAUACCAAUUUUUGUACACAAUUUUGUUUGUUUGUUGAAGUGUGUACAUUUCAAAUAAUAGGUAAGUUUUGGUUCAUCACAUUGUUUGGAGAAGGGCAAGUCAGGAAGAAAGAAAACCAUAUUUCUCCAUUCUGUAGUGGAGAGUGGUGACUGGAAGAUUGGAAGUUGGUUACAAGUCUUGCCAGCUUGUUCACCAAGCAGAAGUUUAGAAAUAGCAUGCCAUUUGGGGAUUGAUGUGAUACUAGCAACAUCCUUGUUUUUAGAUGCUAGCCUGUGAGCAUUAUAGUAUGACAUGAUCACUGAACGAUUAUUUCCUAUCAUUAGCUAUGCAUGCUAAUUUUGGGUCGUUAUGGGUUCGGGUGUUUAUGAGAGAUGUGUUUAUGAUAUAAAGUGUGAAGAGGGCAAUAUUUUCAAGCAGUUUGAGAAGAAGACAUCUUCCCCAAAAAACCCCUCAAUAUACCAUCCCAAUACUUUCACUUUAUUGUGCUCAGUUCUAAAGGCCCUUUGCAGAAAUAUUUAAGAUUCUUCAUCAGAAGAUUGGCGGUUCGAAUCCCCGCGGCGGGGUGAGCUCCCAUUGCUCGGUCCCUGCUCCUGCCAACCUAGCAGUUCGAAAGCACAUCAAAGUGCAAGUAGAUAAAUAGAUACCGCUCUGGCGGGAGGGUAAAUGGCAUUUCCGUGCGCUGCUCUGGUUCGCCAGAAGCGGCUUAGUCAUGCUGGCCACAUGACCCGGAAGCUGUACACUGGCUCCCUUGGCCAAUAAAGUGAGAUGAGCUCCGCAACCCCAGAGUCAUCCGCAACUGGACCUAAUGGUCAGGGGUCCCUUAACCUUUACCUUGAGACUGAACCAAGAAAAGUGCUGCCAGUUGUUAUACAAGCCCUUGGUUCUCUGGGGCCAUGCUGAUUUCCUCCUCCUCUCUGUAACCAGCUCCUGCAGAGCUGCAAGAUAUGGAAUACAAGUGUCCAUAAAGACUUGGAUGCAGCAGACUGAGAAAGGACCUCUCUGCAUCAAACUAAGUCGUCUGCCUCCCUGUCACUUGCUUGUGGGACAUGAAGGUGACAGAGAUGACCAGGGCAUAAUUUGAUACGGAGAUGUUUCAUCAGAAAAUAAGAGGGGCCACUCAACUGUAGCAAUUGCCUUCUCUGCAGUACAUUGUUCAUAGUCUCCACUCUGGGUAAUGUCCUGGGGCAGAAUGAAAGCCAUAAACACCUGACCAUUGAUAUACACAAUAUGAACCAUGAUUAUUUUUUCUCAGCCCUCAUUGGGCUGUUUUGGGGAAGGAGGGGGUUGCCCUUAGGGAUUUUUUAAUGCACUUGUGCUCAUCCCUCCUUCUUGUUUCUCAGUGUUUUGCAUUCUGGCAGCACUUACCCAUGGAGGCCAAUCCAUUUGGGUGAAUAAGGCCCUGCCCCAUCCACCUCAGCCAGUCACCACCUGUGAAAUAUACUCGGAGUUGAGUGUGGAUUUCAUGCUCUUUAUUCAACUCAUAGUAGUGAGGAAUGGAAGUUCCCCCAAAAUGUCUGCUUUAUAUACAGUAUUUACACAAUGGGCCCCACGUGAUUGGCUAAUUCUGGGAUUCCCCUGUAGGCCAAUCAGGUUGCGGAUUCACUUCCACCUGGAGUUGGAUUGGGUGGCUCCUGCAGACCAAUCAGAGUACUGCAUUCUGAAUCCUAUUGUUCUAGGACCAAUCAGACUGCUGCAUUCCGAAUCCUAUUGUUCUAGGACCAAUCAGACUGCUGCAUUUUGGAUCCUAUUCAACUCAGUACAUAACAACCUGCAUUCUUACUUACAACUAGUCCAGAGAGUGGCCCUGGCUGUCAGUUUCCUCCUCCUUAGUCCCAGAGUUAUAAAUGUAGAACUCAACAGAGAAGAGGACGGGGACAAAUCUAGAAUUAGUUGGCUCCACAUAUCCUUGGCUCUGGCAUCCAACUACCACAGGUCUCCCACCUUGCCCAUCUCAGUGGGCACCAGCCUACCAUAGGCACUCGACACUUGAUUUUUCUAUUUGAGAGAGAUUUCCACUAGGCAAAAAUGUGCUUUGACCUGGCAAUAGUAUCACGUGGAACAGAUCCGUGUUAUAAACUCUAACUUACAGCCCCAAACCCAAGUUUUAUUUUCAAAGACACAUCAACAACAGAAGAACAUUCAGAGUUGCUUUGUUCAGUGUUGUUUUAGUCUGAAAUCCUAAUGUCAAAGUGAAGAAAUAUACUUUUAAUAGUAAACAAAAACGAGCUGCUUUAAGGAGUGUUUUCCCCCUCUCCUGUCGCAGAUCCAGAGCUUUGAGGAUGAAUCUUCCUGGGGAAAUCCUCUUGAAAGCACUUCAGGUGGGUAUUAGCAACUGUAAUUGCUCUAUAACAUUUUGCAAAUUUGCCGUAUGCCUUGGAAAUGGAAAUGCCAGAGAUAUGGAGUGAGUUGGUUGGACUGGUCAACCAAAAACAUUCCCUCACAACCUGAUGUCUUUAUUCAACAUAUAAACCCUCCCUGUUUUGAAAGAGAGUUUUAUAUGGAUGGGUGGAUGGGAUUCUUGUAAGAGACAAGUUGUAAAUGGGUAGGAGAGUGGGAUGGAAGUAAACAAAAGAGAUUGCAGGAAGUAUCUUCUUUUCAGUAGGCUUUGAUUGUUGGCAUUCCUAAGAUGCGUUUUCUGAGUAAUUCUUAUUUGCUAGAAGGUAGGCAGUAGAGCCUGAGAUUUCAUGGUUGAGUUACACCAGAGAUAUGUGGCUUGCUGUUUGCACCAUGAGCCAGUCCGCUCUGCUACUAGCUCUGCAUUGUUUUUUGUUCUAUAUAAGCAAUGUCAUCAUCAUAUUGGUCAACCAUUUAGAUCUGCUCUUAGUUGUGUGCUCUGCAAGGUUUCAACUGCAUCCAAAGUCUCACGAAAAUCUAUGUGUGAAUUGUGGUGGAACUGGGACCUACAUUAGGUACCUUGUGGAGGUGUCAAAUGCAAAAGCCUAGACCAGCCUUCAGUUGGCAUCAUAAAAUACCACCAGGUAAUAAUGUAUGGAGUGGGACAUGGGUGGUGCUGUGGUCUAAACCACAGAGCCCAAGGCUUGCCGAUCAGAAGGUCGGCAGUUCAAAUCCCCGUGACGGGUGAGCUCCUGUUGCUUGGUCCCUGCUCCUGCCUACCUAGCAGUUCGAAAGCACGUCAAAAUGCAAGUAGAUAAAUAGGCGGGAAGGUAAACGGCGUUUCUGUGUGCUGCUCUGGUUCGCCAGAAGCGGCUUAGUCAUGCUGGCCACAUGACCCAAAAGCUGUAUGCUGGCUCCCUCGGCCAGUAAAGCAAGAUAAGCGCCACAACCCCAGAGUCGUCCGCAACUGAACCUGUCAGGGGUCCCUUUACCUUUACGUAAAAACUUAUUCAGAUGUGGCUUUGCAGUAUCUUUUUUUUUUUUUUUUUUGUACGAACCAGUAUUUAUUGCUGUUUUACACUACAUAAUUAUUAUUAUUUUAAGGCUUCAGAAUUUUUUUAUUACUGAUGUUUUUAUUUAUCUGAUUGCAAUGUAUACCUUCUUGCUAUAUUUUAACGAAAAUGCCAUAUAUAUUUAUGUCAAUAAAUAUAAAUAAUAAACUAUGAAUGAGAUGACAAGGUAUACCCAGUGCUUUUUUUCUGGGGGGCAUGCAUAUCCCUUAACAUUUUAUGAAUCUUAGUUUGACCUCAUUGAGGGGCAGUUUUUCAAUAUGAGUAGGAAAAUGAGAGUACCCCUAAACAUAUUUUUUUUUAGAAAAAAAAGUACUUGGGCAUACCUAUAAGGAAAACAUAGCCUUGAAAUGUAAUUCAUACUCUAUUCUGUUCCUUACCUUUUUAAAAAAAUGUAUCUGAAGAAGUGUGCAUGCACACAAAUGCUCAUAUCAAUAACAAACUUAGGUAAAGGGACCCCUGACCAUUAGGUCCAGUCGUGACUGACUCUGGGGUUGCGGCGCUCAUCUCACUUUAAAGGCCAAGAGAGCCAGCGUUUGUCUGCUUCCACAGUUUUUCUGAGUCAUGUGGCCAGCAUGACUAAGCCGCUUCUGGCAAACCAGAGCAGCACAUGGAGACGCCAUUUACCUUCCCGUCGGAGCGGUACCUAUUUAUCUACUUGCACCUUGAUGUGCUUUCGAACUGCCAGGUUGGCAGGAGCAGGGACCGAGCAACGGGAGCUCACCCCGUCGCUGGGAUUUGAACCGCCGACCUUCUGAUCGGCAAGCCCUAGGCUCUGUGGUUUAACCCACAGCUCCACCCACAUCCCACAAUAACAAACUCUAAGGUGCUACUGGAAGGAAUUUUUAAAUUUUGUUUCCAUCAUUUUAAAAAAAGUCUCAUUUCAAAACAGAGCUUUAAAAUGAGAUUUUUUUUUGUCCCGAGACUUCAGGUAUGGGAUGAGUUAAUUAUUCCAAACAGUCAAGUAUCCCCCCACCCCCUUCUCUAAUUCAUGUACUUUAAAUCUGACCAUAUUUAUAAGAGUUGGUUAGGGGCACAGACUAUGCUUAAUGGUAGAUCUAACUGAGCAUGAAAGAGGAAGAUACAGUGGUACCUCAGGUUAAGUACUUAAUUCGUUCUGGAGGUCCAUUCUUAACCUGAAACUGUUCUUAACCUGAAGCACCACUUUGGCUAAUGGGGCCUCCUGCUGCCGCUGCGCCGCCGGAGCAUGAUUUCUCUUCUCAUCCUGAAGCAAAGUUCUUAACCCGAGGUAAUAUUUCUGGGUUAGCGGAGUCUGUAACCUGAAGCGUAUGUAACCCGAGGUACCACUGUACAGACUGAGUAUUUUGUUUACGUAGACAUGAUGAAAAUACUUUCCAAUGUGCCUGGGUUCCUUAGCUGUAGGACCAGGCCUCUGUCCUCAUCCAAUUGUUCAAAAUUUUGCACAACACACCCACCCACCCACCCCCUCAUGCUGUGAAAUAUCAUUUCUUGGCUGCUGUGAGCUGUUUCUCUUAGCUGUUCCCUUUGCCAGGAAUCUUGAUGCUCCUUUCGUCUUUCCUUCCCCUUGAGCCGAUUGCAGAGACUGAAUUCUAAAAGACACUCAAACCUCAAGCAUCUCUAGAUAACUUCCAAGGAAUACCGGAGUGUUUUCGAGCAAUUUGUGUGUGUGUGUGUGUGUGUGUGUGUGUGUGUGUGUGUUCUACACAAAAUAUUACAAUUUUUAUUAGGCAAUUUUAUCAUUGUUAUAAAUAAGUAAUUGUACUGGGGAGAAGGGAUAAUCCUUAUUUAAUUAAAUUCAUCUAUACUCCCAGGUUGGCAGCAACCAGACAUAUGUGAGACUAAUACCCACAGCCUGCCUUGUAUGCCUGUGCAAUUAAAAAUUCACUCUACAGUAGCACUGGCAGUUUAGUGUUGCUUUUGGCAUUUACAAAUUCUUUUAUUUUGUGACUUUUUUCCCACCAUACACAUAUGCUGGAGCAGAUGUUGCUUAUUUGUUGUUUAUUCAAAUCUGUAAGCUCUGGCAGCAAACGCCAUUGUUCUGUAAUGAAGCUUUGCUCACUGUCCUGUAUUAGGAAGGGCCCAGCAAAUGUCUGACGGGCACUUAGCUCCCAGCAGGAGGAUGUACGCAUUUUACCAGCAAUCUAUACAUCCAUUUGAGGAUCCUGGCUGCAGGGCAGUGCAAAGGAAUGGAAAGGCACAAAGCAUAGGGAAGAUCAGGGCAGCCUGGUCAUAGUAGGGGCCUUGUCUUUUCUUUUCACCCGAACUUACCUGGUGUGCAGAUGCGCGGUUCAGCACCUGGGAACAGAGUUGUUCUUGCACACCAGUGCUUUCCUCUUUUCAGCUGGCUUUUGGGGACGACGUGAAGGUGACUAAGAUAGCAUGUGGCUGGAAAUUCAGCAGCAGCAACCCUUAAUUGUAACAGGUAUGGCAUUUGUGCGUGUUGGUGUCCGUCAACACCAAUGCCAGUGUGGUGUAGUGGUUAAGAGCAGUAGACUCGUAAUCUGGGGAACCGGGUUUGCGUCUCCGCUCCUCCACAUGCAGCUGCUGGGUGACCUUGGGCCAGUCACACUUCUUUGAAGUCUCUCAGCCCCACUCACCUCACAGAGUGUUUGUUGUGGGGGAGGAAGGGAAAGGAGAAUGUUAGCCGCCUUGAGACUCCUUCGGGUAGUGAUAAAGCGGGAUAUCAAAUCCAAACUCUUCUUCUUUGGGCUUGUCCCCCUGCCUCUUCCCCCCUCCACCCCAGGCAGCUUUUUCCAAGGGGGCCCUGACCAAAGAAGGAACGGCUGAUCCCCAAACCGGCUCUGCUAAUGCAAGAGCAUCCGUUGGCUGAAAAGCCCCCUUUGCAGCCCAAGAGGCAAUCAAUCAGAGAAAGUAACCACCUCCAUCUGGCACACGGUAGCCUGGAUACUCACUUCCGCAGCCUUUUGCGAUUCAUCUUGUCCCAACAAGUGGUGCCAGGGACCAAACCGCACUCGAGUCUUUCCAGCAGCUGGGUACGUUUACCUCCCCAGCCUGCUGAGCUGACAUAUUAGCUCCCCUGACUUAUUGAGUGGCAAUGCUUUUAAUUAUCACACCUUCCCUUCCUCCUCCUCCUCCUCCUUGCGAUCUCUUUCACGUACAGUUUGGCACCAUGGGAAUAUCUGCAGAAGGCAAUCGGCAUUUUUCUUAAUUGACUGUGUUCCAAUAGUGUGAAUCCUGUUUAUUAUCCUCCCGUAAAGUACAUAUGGGAACGAUUGCUUGAUGGCGAGAAAGUGUGCCACAAUCAUUUCCCUGUUUCUGAUGGCGGCGGGCAAGUUGUGUUGGUUUUCACAGAUGGUAGUUGCUUGCCAAAAGCUAAAGAUGGGCAAAAGGUAUUAUGUGUGCACUUGUUAUUUAAAAUCUCUCUCCCCCUCCCCCCAGUCACAUUUCUUCAAAUCACGUCUCUUAAAUUUCCUAUGAAGUCCUAUGGUUCGCAAAGUUUAUCUGAAAAUAUCUGCAUGUUGAUGAAUAAUGGGCAGGAAUAAAUAGAAUGAUGUUUAAUGCAUGGUUCUUACCAUUUGAUAGGAUUGGCUAUUGGUUUUUCUUUUUAAAAAUCUGGUAUAAGAGAGAGCACCACAACAUUUCAUAGUUCCCUGUCUUUCUUUCUUUCCCAGUUGUUACGUCUUGUCCACUUACACCCUUGCCUAAUAUUUUCGAGCUGUAACAUAACCUCAUAGAAUUAUGGGAUAUAACUGCAUUGGCAGAUGCAAUUGCAAUAGGCUGGCGCUAAACAUCUGAGAGGCUGAGUAUCCCAGGUCCCCAUCAAACAUCUGGAAAUAGCAGAGGAAUGCCAAUUUCCAGUGAUUUCCUCAUAAGCCUGCCUCCCACCUAGAGCCGGGGUACAAGAUGUUUAUUGCCACAUCUCUGGGAAGGCUGCAGCUUCUCCUCAAGAAAUUGGCCCAGGUCCUUUCCACCAAGAACCUCAAGAUGGUGGUCAUGGUUCUCCUCCCCAUUUUGUUCUAGCAAGAACCCAGGUCAGGCUAACUGGUUCAAGAUCACCUAAAGCAGCCUUUCUCAACCUGUGGUUCCCCAGAUGUUGUUGAACUACAACUCCCUUCACCCCUAGCUACCAAGGCCAGAGCUCAGGGAUGAUGGGAGUUGUAGUCCAACAACAUCUGGGGACCCACAGGCUGAGAACUGCUGACCUAGAGAGUUUCAUGAUUGAGUGGGGAUUGGAACCCUGGUCUCCUAGGUCCUAGUCUGUCACUGUGACCACUUCGCUGAUCCCCAGUGAGAGGGUCACAACAUAGUUCUCCCUGUGGUUUUUAUGGCAUGCUCUCAUCACCUGUAGAGGCAGCAAGGUAGCAACGUCAAACAUCGAUGUAAGGCAGAACCCAAUGACUUUUUACUCAGGGUAGACCCAUUGAGAUUAAUGAACACGCUAGCUCUAGGACUACUUUGAGUAAAACAUCACUGAACACUAUCCACAACUUCCCCAUCUAUGGCUGUCCAAUGCCAGAGUCACCCAGACCAUUGGAUGAGGAGGGAUAGUGAAUGACUGCAGCCAGAGCAAGUCUUACAAACUUAUCAAAGGUUCUCUCCCAGUCCUACCUGCAGGUGCCAGGGAGGGAUUCAUAGAAUCAUAGAAUCUUAGAACUGGGAGGGACCCAAGGGUUGUCUAGUCCAACCCCCUGCCAUGCAGGAAUCUCAGCUAAAGCAUCCAGGACAGAUGGCCAUCCAACAUCUGCUGAAAAACCGACAAGGAAGGAGAGUCCACCACCUCUAGUGGGAGUCUGUUCCACUGUCAAACAGCUCUUACUGUCAGAAAAUUUUUCCGAAUGGUUAAUUGGAAUCUCCUUUCUUGUAACUUGGAGCCAUUGCCUCGAGUCCUACCCUCCAGAGCAGGAGAAAACAAACAUGCUCCCUCUUUCAUGUGACAGCCCUUAAGAUAUUUGAAGAUGGCUAUCAUGUCUCCUCUCAGUUCCCUCUUUUCCAGGCUAAACAUACCCAGCUCCUUUAUGCACUCCUCAUAAGGCUUAGUUUCCAGACCCUUCAUCAUUUUGGUUGCCCUCCACUGCACACACUCCAGCUUGUCAGCAUCCUUCUUAAAUUGUGGUGCCCAGAAUUGGACGCAGUGUGGUCUGACCAAAGCAGAAUAGAGUGGUACUACAGUGGACGCUUGGGUUGCGAACGUGAUCUGUGCAGGAGGUACGUUCGCAACCCGCAGCAUUCGCAACCUGCAGUGCUGCGUCUGCGCGGGUUGCGAUUCGGCACUUCAGCGCAUGCGCAAAGUGCGAUUUAGCGCUUCUGUGCCUUAGCGACCGCCGAAACCCGGAAGUAACCUGUUCCAGUACUUCUGGGUUUCAGCAUGUCCGUAACCCGAGAAAACGCAACCUGAAGCGUCUGUAACCCGAGGUAUGACUGUAUUUCUUCCCUUGGUCUGGACACCUUACUUCUGUUGAUGAACCUGGGGCCUUCUGCAUGCAAAGUACCUCUACCACUGAACCAUCGCCCUUUCCUUAAGUUUGCAGCUUCAGUGGUCGCUAUUUAAUGCCAACCGCUCCUUCCUACCAUCCACUGCUCCUCUGAAACAAUCUUCCUUUUUUCUCAUGUUUCAUUUACAUUACAGCCUUCAGGACCUUUUCACUCUGUUCACCAAAUACUCUUCAUGUUACAGUCUUCAACACGAUCAUCAAGUGAUGGCUUUAGAAGGAAACAAAUGUGUAUGCCGUCUCUCUGUGUGUAUGAAAAAGUCUACCGCCUAAUCUAGGCAGAGAGGUUAACUGCAUCGCUGAGCAUCGUAACAAAGAUUUAGGUGUUACAAUGCACUGGGAAUUUGCCAGCCUUAAGUCUGAUGUGGAAAAGGUCUUCAUCCUGUCCAAAUGAAUUCAUGUGUGACUCUCCUAAUGUCACUGGCAGCCUGCCAUGGGUCCCAGGGUCCCUCUACCACAUUACCAUGCUGUUUUGCUCGCUAGUAAAAAUGAGCAUGUCACAUUGUCACUCAAUGAUACUGAGCUUCCAACUUUGCCUUCCCCUCCCCUCGCCUGCAAAUAAUCCCUGGCCGCCUCGCUACGAUCCCGGUUGCCUCAUGUUGGGAAUGUGAAAGGAAAGAUGUGGCCGGGGAUGCUCACAAAAUCCUAAAGAGUUGAAGUGCUUUGGGGACAGCCUCGAGCUAAUCUCAGACGUCGCUUUUCCUCUGCGGCAGGAGAUUGACGUACCAGCCUCUUUGCGGAGCUCAAUUGAGGUCUGGCUUAGAUGAAAUCAAGAUAAAAGGAACGGCCGUCUCAAAUAUUAAUCACCUUCCUUGACUAAGAACAUAAGAAGAGGCCCACUGGAUCGGACAAGCAGUCUGCCUGAUCCAACAUCCAGUUUCCAUUGUGGCCAACUGAAGGUCUCUGGUCUUCAAUCUCUGGUCUUCAGUGGCAUGUGGCCCCUGAAUCCUGAAGGCUGCAUAUGGCCGUCCUGGCUGAUAGCCAAUGAUAGCCUUAUUCUAUGCAACAAAGGGACGCGGGUGGCGCUGUGGGUUAAACCACAGAGCCUAGGACUUGCCGGCUCCCUUGGCCAAUAAAGCGAGAUGAGCGCCGCAACCCCAGAGUCAUCCGCGACUGGACCUAAUGGUCAGGGGUCCCUUUACCUUUACCUAUGCAACAGGAAUGGGGAAUCUGCGGCUCACCAAAUGUUCCUGGGCUGCAUUUCCCAUCAGCCCCAGCUAGCAGAAGCAGUAGGGGUGGUGUGUGGUAGUCACAGCUUAGCCACCCAUCAUCGUCAUCAUUAGUUAAAUUUAUAUACUGACCUUCACAGACCUGCAGGUCUCAGGGCAAAAUUCCAUGCAAAAAUCCAAUAUAAAAGCACAAAAUGCCUGAUAAAAACGAGAACGAGAACUGAACAAACCAAUCACUGCCCACUCUCCCUUCCCACAAGCGCAUUUAAAAGGGCAUUGGAGGUCAACCAGCCAAAGGCCUGGUUGAAGAGGAACGUUUUCGCCUAAAGGUGUAUCAUGAAGGCACCAGAACCUCCCUGUGGAGAGCAUCUCACAAAUGGGGAGCCACCACCGAAAAGGCCCUUUCUCAUGUUGUUACCCUCUGGACCUCAUGUGGAGGAGGCACGUGAAGAAGAGCCUCUGAUGAUUCUUGCAGAGUCUGGGACGGUUUAUAUGGGGAAAGGUGGUCCUUGUGGUAUUGUGGUUCUGAGCCAUUUAAGGCUUUAUAGGUCAAAACCAGCGCUUUGAAUUGGGCCCAGAAACUAAUAGGCAGCCUGCACAGUCAGGCCAGCAUCAUACCAAAUUAAACCAUUGGUCUAGUUGGCUCAAUCCUGUGUGCACUGACUGGUAGGAAUUCUUUGGGGUUUCAGGCAGGAGUCUUUACCUGCCCUGCUUGGAAAUCCCAUGGAUUGAAGCUGGGACAAGGCAUAGAUCCAGUUCCUGAGCUGUGGCUCUGGCACAGCAGUUUACUUGUGUGUAAAAAGUGAACGCAACACAUGAACUGGCUCUUAUGUUUCUCUGGAACACAAUGAAAUGACAGCAGAUUGCACUGUAUCUCUAUGACAAAAGCCAUAGUCUUGAAUUGUGCAGUGCUGUAGUACCCGUGGCCUACUGUGGCCGCACCAAACUUUCUGAGGUUCAUUCUCACACGCACAUUGGACGUAUAGAAGCAGAUGCAUGGACUCAUCUGUCUCUUCACUCAUUGAAUGAUCAGCCUGAUGACUGGGGAGUGGUGAUUUGCGUUGCCUAACCCAGUACAGUGGUACCUCGGGUUAAGUACUUAAUUCGUUCUGGAGGUCCGUUCUUAACCUGAAACUGUUCUUAACCUGAAGCACCACCUUAGCUAAUGGGGCCUCACGCUGCUGCCGCGGCGCCAGAGCACGAUUUCUGUUCUUAUCCUGAAGCAAAGUUCUUAACCUGAAGCACUAUUUCUGGGUUAGCAGAGUCUGUAACCUGAAGCGUAUGUAACCUGAAGCGUAUGUAACCCGAGGUACCACUGUACCGUGUCUACUUUACAAUUUAUUUAUUUAUUUUGCUGUUGCUGCCAAAAUGGGGAGGAUGGAGAAAUUUGCUGGUGGGGAAAAAUUAGACCUCCCCCCCCAAAAAACACACCCCUGGGGUUAGCCACCUGGGCUGUAACAUAAUGUUGCUUCGUCCUGUCUUUUCUACAGUUGACAAUGAAUAGUCUUUUCCAUCCUUAAAGACUUUUCAGUUGUGGAAUCCCCAACAACGCCGGUUCUCCCAGAACCGUUUUUAUCCCGCUUCCAUCUCUUGGAAGCUGCGGGGGGUGAAGGUCUGCCGCAGCAGCAGUGGCAUUUCUGCACUUCCAAACGCUCACAGUUUUGUGUCUCAUUUCAUUAGAACUCGACACAGAUGUCAGCCAGCUUUUUCACUGUUUGGCAAGGAUUAGGAACUGGACUAAAGCCAGUUAGUGAGAUGAAGAUAAUACGAACAACUGGGAAGGCAGGACACUGUGAGAACCUGACAAAGAUGCAUUACAUACAGGAAAUGGUCCAAAGUCAUCUUUUAAGGUGGUUUGGGAGCUUGGGGUUCUGUGGAUAACCUCCCCAUUAUAUUGGAACCAGUGGCAAAAAUAUGUUAAGUUGCUUCCAAUCCUUCUAAAAUGGGUUUUAAUAUUAUGCUUUUGUCUCUGAGAUACAGAAUCCAAACUGGUCAAGGUCACUGCAGGUGCUUUUUGAAAGACCCUCGAUUCCUCCCACCCUGAACUAUAUUUAUCCUAGCCCUGCACCAGCACUGUAGCAUCCUAUCCAAUCUGCACAAGAGGGUGGGGAGCGAGAUAGACAGCAUCGCAGUGGGGGUCAUAGUUAUUAUUUUUGCUGCUGUUGUUGCUGUCUAUUACCCACCCUUUACUCUAAGGUCCCAGGAUGGGUUGCAGCGUUAAGACACAGCAUUACUAAUAUAAUUAUACAGUUUUAUAUACCGUAAUUUUACAAUAAUAAUUAUGUUAUUUUAUAUUAUAUAAUUAUAUAAUCGUUAACUCUUUAUUUUCAAAAGAGGACACUUGCAGUAGUUUCUACGGCUCUGAACGCCAGUCCAGCAUCCAGGCAGCUAUUCUCUGGUCUGUACUCUAGGCAGCAGUUGCAGCAACCACUGAAUGAAUGAAUGAAUCUUUAUUUUAGUCAAGUAACCUUUAUUGGCAUCACAUAAGAACAUUCAGAGUACAUUCAGAAUACAUAAGCCAGUGUGAUCUCGUCGCCACCCCAACGGCACAGUCACCCCCCAAAGAGCAGAAGAGGUGAGCAAUCUGCCCCAUCUCUGUGGGUUUCUGGCGAGGGCAGGAUCCUGUAGCAUACUUCGGCGACCAAAAAUCCAAUAGAGGAACUUAUCUACUGUCUUGGUGAGCUCCUGGUCUCUCCCCUGUAUUAAGAAGUGCAUAACCUCCUUCUCUGGUUUCCAUGUUGGAAUACAUAGAUGGUCUAGAAACUGUUGGCAGAGAUCAUCAUACGUUUUACAUUUAAGGGCCAUGUGAGCUAGAGUUUCCACCACGCAUUGCAUGGACAGAUCCUAUCUCCUUCUGCCAAACCCACAAACCUACCCCAAAGGAGGUUAGAAGGAUUAGAAUUGAACCUAGCCAGCGAAAAGGCCCUUCUUUCUUGCGGAUUAUACAAAUCUUUAUUUGCGUCAGCCAUCGGUCAUAGCAAUAAAAUGACAAUACGAUAUACAAAUAAAAAGUAAAUUAUAUAAAAUACAUUUUAGGGUUUUGAAUCAAUAGUCCAAUAGUGGAUCUUAUUCUGAUUGCAACCUUUGCUGUCACCUACUGAUCUUGAUCUGCCAAGAGAAAGGGCACUGUGGCAGUGGUUGGGCGACUUUCCGUUUGGUCACUUUCCUCUCCCAACUUUCAGUUUUUCUUUCCAUCUGGAGUGUUUGUGGAAGAAUUCAUAAUACAUGGCAUGUAUCUGCCCCUCUGCAAAUUUUGGGCUUUCCUUCAGCAUUCUGAUACCUCUCUCUUGUUUUUCAGUUGGCUCUGUUCCGACUCCGUUUCUAUCAGCCCUCACGCACCUGAGUUUGCCAUUAGAUGGAGUGCUAUUUGACAAUUGCAUACCUAUGCUAGCCACCAUUUGUCAAUACUUGGCUGCAGAUAUACAACGGCAAUUAUAGUUGACAUCCAUCUUGUGAUGCAAUUGUAUUGACAACUCAUUCCUUGGGCCAGUUUAAUUUCUAUUCUAGAAUUCCAAUGCUGAAUUUUUAGAUCGGAUCUCAAUUUUGACAUUUGGAAGUUCCACAUAUUUCAGAGCUUUACAAAAUGUCAUUUUGCAUUAUUACAAAGAAUAGUAGUAAAGAAACAGAACUUGAGCAGUUGGAUAUAAAAACCCCUGGGCUUCGUUAAUUUGAUGUUAGUUGGUCUAAGCCACUUUAAUGCCUAGGUUGAGGAGAAGUUCUGUUUUGUUCACAUUUUAAUGCAAAGCUACUUAAUCCACACUUCCAAACCAGAAUUUCAAAAUUCACACAUCUCUGAAUUUUGCAGUGCAAUUCUUCAAGCAAACAAUUUGUGCAAACAUGCAUAUGUUAGGGAAAUAGUUGCAUUAAAAUUCAUAUAUUAGAAAACGGUAUUCAACAGUGCAUUAUAUUAGGGGAAAUUGCUCACAAAGAUUAUUAGCCAAACCUGCACACAAAACUGUGUUUGCAGGCAGAAAUUUGCACUAGAACGCUGACAAAUUUUCUAGAGGAAAUUUGCAAAUUAUUGUGGAUUGGAAAAGGGAGAAAAUGAGAGAAGCAAAAUUGACCGAUCUUUCCAUGCUAAAGUGUUUAAUUUAACACCGCACUAUCUGCUGUGGUGCGUCAGUUCCUCCACCAGUCCAUGAUAACACACACUGAGUAAAUUGUCUUCCACCUUAAUAUGUUUUGUAAUUUGUUGUUGUUGUUUAGUCGUUUAGUCGUGUCCGACUCUUCGUGACCCCAUGGACCAGAGCACGCCAGGCACUCCUGUCUUCCACUGCCUCCCGCAGUUUGGUCAAAUUCAUGUUGGUAGUUUCAAGAACACUGUCCAACCAGCUCAUCCUCUGUCGUCCCCUUUUCCUUGUGCCCUCCAUCUUUCCCAACAUCAGGGUCUUUUCCAGGGAGUCUUCUCUUCUCAUGAGGUGGCCAAAGUAUUGGAGCCUCAGCUUCACGAUCUGUCCUUCCAGUGAGCACUCAGGGCUGAUUUCCUUCAGAAUGGAUAGGUUUGGUCUUCUUGCAGUCCAUGGGACUCUCAAGAGUCUCCUCCAGCACAAUAAUUCAAAAGCAUCAAUUCUUCGGUGAACAGCCUUCUUUAUGGUCCAGCUCUCACUUCCAUACAUCACUACUGGGAAAACCAUAGCUUUUACUAUACGGACCUUUGUUGGCAAGGUGAUGUCUCUACUUUUUAAGAUGCUGUCUAGGUUUUGCAAUUUAGUGGUAUAUAAAUACUUUUAUAAAUAAAGAAAUAAAAUGUGUGGUUUUCUCAGACAUGAAUCCAGCCAGGUUCAAUGGGUUUUGCUCUUAAAUAUGCAUGCAUCUGAUUGCAGCCUUAGUCUUUAAUUUUUUGGUUCCAUUGCUAUUCCUGCAUUCAAAAGGAACAGAGGCGUUGUAAAAGAGUUUAUCUGAGUGUUCACGUAUUUCAAGUUUUACACUGGAGGUUUGUCUGCUGCUGCCACCUACUGGUCAUUUUAAGGUUUGAAGUUAAGGUUUUUAAAUUGCUCUGUUAAGUUGAUUUCCUUGGUCUGUUGCAUUUGGUAGACUAGCAUGGCCUAAAUUAGUUUUGCAGCUUUUAUAUGUCAGAGGAAUUCUGCUGAUCUUUUUGGGAAUAUGAUUUUGCUGAGGAAAAGCAAACUCUGUAAGGCUUUAAAUCUCAAGCAUCUCGUCAGAAGCAAGGUGUUUAUUAAAUUCGAAAAAUAGGUUUAUAUCUGAAUAGGUAGGGCAAUUUUCUACGAGGAUUACUAAUUUCCCAAAGAGACUGCAAUGUGUGGCACAACUGCAUGUGCACCUACUCAGAAGUAAGUCCCUCAGAGUUCAGUGAGGCUACUCUCAUGUAAAUCUGCAUAGGAUUGCACCCAAAGUUCCUUGAUGAAAAAAUGUCUGUUGUUUGGGCCCUAUUUUUCCAGUAAAUUUUAUUUCUACACCAUCUUUGUGAUAGGUUGCCUUUGUUUCUAAAGUGAAGAUGUGUGUCCUUCUUUGGUAUUUGCCUUAGCUUUGCUUUAGCAGCAGCAGCAGCAGUUAAAAUUAGCAGGUAAUUUAUUAGCGUUACUAUCGUGAUCUUUGCUUUUACAGCCUUCCUUAUGCCCUGUAACAAAAAAAGUUACGUAAUUGUAUUUACCUUUGCUGCUGUGGCCUUUGGACAUCUGGAAUUAAUAAUAAACCUGAAGCAGAUUCACAGAGCACGACAGCAGAAUGACUUCUUAGCAACAUCAAUGUGCGACUUUAAAAAAAUGUAAAUCUUCAAAUGGAACGUCACACUUGAAGAAGAGUCAGUGGUGGUAAAUAGCUAGAGUUUAGCAUGUGUGGGUCCCAUGCACUUCCACCUCCUCAUUUAUGGGGUGGUCUAGGGUUGCCCGGCUUCAGUCUAGUGAUGGAAUCUAUUGUUUAAAAGCUGCAGGGUGUUUGUGAAGCCUAUUCUGGUCUGGCAGAAGUGUCCAUUUUGAAUACAGCGGCAUAGAGGGUACCACUCUUCUUUGGGGUCACUCCUUUAACAUUUAAAACAUUGCUGUGUGAAUUGUGUUCUUAAUGUUGUGCGCCACCCUGGGAUCUUUGGAUCAAGGGUGGUGUACAAAUUGAAUGAAAAUAUUGGUGAGAGGCUCUCCUUUGCGUAAAUGACCACUCCUCGUUUUUUAACUUUAUCUGAUGAAAUAAAUUCUUGGCCCAAUCUCUUAUUAAUCAAUAUUUUCCUGUGGAGCCUCAUCACAUGAGUUUCCUGUAAGCAAAUUAAAUCCAAUUGUUCUUUUUAAGUAUAUGAAAUACUUUCCUCCUUUUUCCGGAGAAUUUAGGCCACAAACAUUCCAAGUUAAAAGUUGCAGAGCCAUGAUGAUUUCUUUAUUUUCCUCCAACUGCUCCCAAUAACUCUUCUUCCUCUGUUGGUGGUUUCACCUUCUCUGUCUUGUCCUCUCCCGAAGGUGGUAAUGUAGGAUCCAAUCCUGGUAAAGAGGCUUCUGGCUCCUCCCCCAAUCCUUUUUGUAGGUCCUCUUGAUGGUCUCUCAAAAGUUCUGUUUCUCCUCCACAGAUUUUAUUUUAAUUUUCUUGCCUUUAAAACUGAAAGAUAGGCCUUGAGGAAAUUCCCACCUGAAAAAAAAUUCUGUUUCCUCUCAGCAGCGUCACCAGGUCCCGGUAGUUGGACCUAAGCUCCAAAAGGAACUUUUGAAUGUCUUUAAAUAUUUCUAUCCUUGAGUCUUGUAUUAUCAAUGUAUUUCGGUAGUGUGAACUCAAGAUUUUAUCUCGUUCCUCCUUAGAUCGCAAGGUAAUCAGGCAGUCUCUCACUCUGUUCUUUCUUGCUCCUCUUCCAAGCCUGAAAGCAGACGUUAUCUUGAAAUCUUCCUUAUCGUUCAAUUGCCAAAAAUUGGCAAAUUCUUGUGUCAAAAAGUCUACCAGGCUCUCUUUCUCAAGCUCAGGUACUGCUCUGAUCCUUAAGUUGGUCUGUUUCUCCUUUAGCUCAAUGACAGAUAACAAUUCCUGGUGCGUUCCCAAUCUUAUGUGAUGCUCUUCAACUUGUUUAAUUAAAGGUGGUAAUUUUUCUUCAGCAGCUACCGCCUUUUCUCUAGCUUCCAAAGCUGUUUUUUGGGUUUCAGCAGAUUGUUCCAGUAAUUUUUUGAUCACAUCUGUAUUUUCAUUAGUCUGUCGAGUCAGCUUAUCAAUACUUGCAGAGUUUUGUCUAAUAGCUUCUAGUGCCUCGGCAUUCUGUUGACCCAAUUUUUCAAAACCUUCAUUAACAAUUUUAAAUAAACUGGCAAGUCCUUCUUCCCCCUUUGUUUGCAUUGGAUCAUCUCCUUGUGGCCCAGCGAUGGAUGGCCUGCGCUGUUGCUGUUGAGCAAUGUUGCUCUGUUGCCUGCCUUUCCCGGACCUCAAGGUUCUUUCAUCCAUGGCACUUUAUCUAGAAAUCAAGGUCACUCUCACAGUUGGAGUUGUUUUGCUGUUAAGCUUUCCCAGGCUGCUGUUGAGUGAAAAAUUCCUCAGCCAGUUAGAAACUUUUUCCCCUUUGGCCUCCAGGGGGACACAAGUAAUAAAGUAACAAGAAUAAAAACUCUUAAAAACUUUUUAAGACCCCCUUCAGCCAAAGAGGCAACUUUUUCCCCCAAAGUUUCAAUUUUGUAAAGUUAAUAGGCAAGAAGAUACAUUGUCCAUUUAGAGUGCUAACAAAAUAUCCAAUCUUUCCAAACCUGGCAGUCUGUCCCCAGGGAUUGAGAGGUGGUCUUCGUUUCCUUAUUACUCUUUAUUUUACACAAAAAUGACAAGAAAUACUGUCUCUUCUUCCCCCCCUUCUCCAAUUAUGGGAGGGAAAAUUUUUAAAUUUGACGUCUGUGUUUCAGUCUCUUUUGACAGUCUUUGGUAUCGAACUCACACAGUCUUUGCUUUAAUCCUUUAUACAAACCGGGAGGUGGACUUCCUUUACCGGGAGUGGUCAUUUACGCAAAGGAGAGCCUCUCACCAAAAUUCGUCUUUAAGGAUGAACAAGGAAGAUUCAUAGCAAUUGAAAUUCAAGUACUAGGAGAAUUAAUUUUUGAUAGUAGGCUUAUAUGCACCAAAUGAGGGAAAUCUAUAUUUUACAAAAAGUUGCAUGAGAUCUUGAUGGACUAUAUGGACUAUAACACUGUUUUUAUGGGAGAUAUGAAUGGGGUGGUUUCCACAAAUAUGGACAAGUCACAAAGAGAGGUAGUCACUAAAGAUGGCAGACUACCGAAAACAUUCUUUGAAUUAACUGACAAUAUGGAUCUGAUUGACAUUUGGAGAACUAGGAAUCCCCUUGGUAGAGAAGGAACCUUUUUUUCUGAAGCCCAAAAGACAUGGACAAGAAUUGACCAAAUCUGGACUACUAGAGGACUGGCACCUAAGGUUAGGAAGGUAGAGAUCUGCCCAAAAACAUGCUCCGACCAUAACGCCGUGAGAAUGGAGAUGAAGUUAACAUCUACUGGUUCCUUCCGAUGGAGGAUGAAUGACACCUUGUUUAGAGAUCAAGAGGUGAUUAAGAAGGCCCAAAAGACUUUGAGAGACUACUUUGAGAUAAAUUUGAAUACAGCUGUAGAAAAAAGAAUAAUCUGGGACGCAAGUAAAGCUGUUAUGAGGGGCUUCCUGAUUCAACAGAAUUCAGUUAAGAAGAGGGCCCAAAAUGUAAAGAAAGAAAAUUUUUUGGAAAAAAUAAAGGAGGGCGAGAAGAAACUGAGAGUGAAGCCCAACUCACAAGAGAUUCUGAGGGAAUAAAAUUGCACCAAGUGCAGUAUAUGAAAUUGAUAAAUCAAGAAGUGGAAUGGAAAAUUAAACAAAUGAGACAAAAGACUUUUGAAUCGGCAAAUAAAUGUGGGAAACUGCUGGCUUGGCAGUUGAAGAAACGACAAAAACUCAAUACUAUUACUAAUUUGGAAGUGGAAGGGAAAAAUAUCCAGAAUCCAGAAGAAAUUAGGAAAUGCUUCCAGAGAUAUUUUAAACAAUUAUACACACAAGGGCCUCAGAAAGAAUUUGAAAUAGAGCAAUUUCUGAAAACCAAUGGAUUACAAAAAUUUCUCAGGAUAACAAGAUAUUGCUGAAUUAUAAAAUUACAGAACAGGAGGUUGAAGGUGCCAUUCAGAAUAUGCAGCUGGGAAAAUCUCCAGGACCGGACGGUUUAACCUCAAAAUAUUACAGAACCCUGAAAGACUGGUUAAUUCGACCAUUAACUGAGGUUUGCAAUGAAAUUUUAGAGGGGAAAAGAGCGCCAGAGUCGUGGAAGGACGCAUUUAUUACACUUAUACCAAAGUCUGAGACUGAAAAGACACAGCUUAAGAACUAUCGGCCCAUAUCCCUGUUAAAUGUGGAUUACAAAAUUUUUGCUGACAUUUUAGCAAAAAGGCUUAAAAAAGUGCUAAAAGGAGUGAUUCACAAGGACCAAGCUGGCUUUCUUCCAGAUAGACAUCUUUCGGAUAACACAAGGAAUAUAAUUGAUAUUCUGGAGAAGCUGCAAGAGGAGAUUAACACUAAAGCAGUUCUGAUUUUUGUGGAUGCAGAGAAAGCCUUUGAUAAUAUUUCCUGGAGUUUUAUGAAGAAAAAUCUCCAGGGGAUGGGGGUAGGCCAAGAGUUUGAAAAUGGUAUAAAUGCAAUUUAUUCAGAACAAAAAGCUAAAUUAAUAGUUAAUAAUGUGAUAACAGAGGAAAUUAAGAUAGAGAAAGGGACACGACAAGGCUGCCCAAUUUCCCCAUUACUUUUUAUUUCUGUUCUGGAGGUUCUGUUAAAUAUGAUAAGAAGGGACCAUUUGAUUAAGGGUAUAACGGUCGGAGCGAAACAAUACAAACUGAAAGCAUUUGCGGAUGACCUUGUAUUGACAUUACAGGAGCCAGAAUCUAGUACGAAAAGAGCAUUAGAACUGAUUCAAGAGUUUGGUCAGGUGGCAGGUUUUAAGCUGAAUAAGUUUAAAACUAAAGUACUUGAGAAGAAUUUAACACCGAUUGAAAAAGAGAGGUUUCAGAAUGAGACAGGUUUAACAGUGGUAAAAAAAGUGAAAUACUUGGGGAUUCAUAUGACAGCUAAAAAUGGGAAUUUAUUUAAAGACAAUUAUGAAAAGUGUUGGUCGGACAUUAAAAAGGAUUUAGAAAUAUGGACAAAUUUGAAGCUUUCCUUGUUAGGUCGAAUUGCUGUCAUCAAGAUGAAUGUAUUGCCAAGAAUGCUGUUUUUGUUUCAAUCGAUACAAAUAAUAGACAAAAUGGAUUGUUUUAAGAAGUGGCAGAGAGAUAUCUCUAAGUUUGUCUGGCAGGGCAAGAGGCCCAGGAUAAAAUUUAAAAUAUUGACUGAUGCUAAAGAAAGAGGGGAUUUGCCCUGCCAGACUUUAAACUUUAUUAUGAAUCAGCAGCUUUCUGCUGGUUGAAGGAUUGGUUACUUCUGGAAAAUACUGAUGUUUUGGACUUAGAAGGUUUCAAUAAUGUGUUUGGGUGGCAUGCAUAUUUGUGGUAUGACAAGGUUAAAGCUCACAAAAUAUUUAAAAACCAUAUUGUCAGGAAAGCAUUGUUCAAUGUCUGGAUAAGAUAUAAAGACUUAUUGGAGAAUAAAACCCCAAGGUGGCUAUCACCAAUGGAGGCAAAGGCUCUGAAAAAGUCCAAUAUGGAGGCCAAGUGGCCAAAAUAUUGGGAGAUCUUGGAACAAGAAGGAGAUAAAUUCAAAUUGCAGAGUUUUGAAAAACUAAAAGAUAGAGUGCGAGACUGGUUGCAUUAUUACCAAAUAAGAGAGGUCUAUAAUUUGGAUAGAAAAAUUGGCUUCCAGGUGGAAAAAUCAAAGUUGGAAAUAGAACUGCUAGAUCCCAAAACUAAAACACUUUCAAGAAUGUAUAACUUGCUGCUAAAAUGGAAUACUCAGGAUGAAACGGUAAAAUCUGCUAUGAUUAAAUGGGCACAGGAUGUUGGACAUAACAUUAUGUUUGCUGACUGGGAACGGUUAUGGACCACAGGUACGAAGUUUACAGCAUGUAAUGCUUUAAAAGAGAAUAUAAUGAAAAUGGUGUACAGGUGGUACAUGACCCCAGUCAAGCUUGCAAAAAUCUACCAUUUGCCCGAUAAUAAAUGUUGGAAAUGUAAUGAAACUGAAGGUACAUUCUUUCACCUUUGGUGGACGUGCCCAAAGAUUAAGGCCUUCUGGGAAAUGAUAUAUAAUGAGUUGAAAAAGGUAUUUAAGUAUACCUUCUUAAAGAAACCAGAGGCCUUCCUCCUGGGCAUUGUUGGCCAAUUGGUGCCAAAGAAAGAUAGAACUUUCUUUAUGUAUGCAACAGCAGCAGCAAGGAUACUUAUCGCAAAGUAUUGGAAGACACAAGACUUACCCACUCUGGAAGAAUGGCAGAUGAAGGUAAUUGAUUAUAUGGAAUUGGCGGAAAUGACUGGCAGAAUCCGUGACCAGGGAGAAGAGUCGGUGGAAGAAGAUUGGAAGAAAUUUAAAGACUAUCUACAGAAAUACUAUAAAAUUAAUGAAUGUUAAAUUGAGGUCUGAUUGAAAAUAACUGGUAUUGGCAAAAGCCUUGCGUUUAAGAGCAUGGAAUAUUUGAUUGAUAAGGUUGUAAAAAUAUCUAUUUAUAAAUAGAUUAAGUUUUUGAGUUAAGAUAAAGGAAGGAGGGUAAGGAUUUGCUGAAAGGAGUUUCUAAAUGGAAAUACAAGUGGGGAGGUGCGGGGAAGUCAAAGAACUAAGGAAAGAUAAGAAGGUUAAAUGAAAGUAUAAAUUUUUAAAUUUUUCUGUUUUUUUUUCUUUUUCUUUUUUAUGGUUAUUGUUAUCUUUUGUUUUCCUUUUGUCACUGUUAUUGUUGUUUUUUGUCUUUGGAAUUUUUGUAUUUUUGUAUGUUUUGGAAUUUUUGUAAAACCAAUAAAUAUUAUAUUAAAAAAAAAACAAAUUGAAUGAAAAUACAUACAUACAUACAUACAUACAUACACACAUACCUGCUCAGCACCUACUUGAAUGAGACCAAUCUGACUAGGUGAUGACACAGGAUCAACAACUGGAAGGUAAGGAGGUGCUGUGGAUAACAGGUCUCACCCGUGUGAUGUUGGACUAAUAAUAAUAAUAAUAAUAAUAAUAAUAAUAAUUUAUUAUUUAUACCCUGUCCAUCUGGCUGGGCCUCCCUGGCCACUCUGGGCGGCUUCCAAAAAAAAAUAUUAAAAUACUGUAAUACAACAAACAUUAAAAGAUUCCCUAAUAAUAAUAAUAAUAAAUUUUAUUUAUACCCCGCCCUCCCUGGCCAGAGCCGGGCUCAGGGCAGCUAACAACAGUAAAAUUACAAUAAAAACAUAAUGGGGGGACCCAAUUUAAAAUACAGGUUGAAAUGCAAUUUAAAAUGCAGCCUCAUCAAAACCAUAAUGGGAGGGAAACAAAAGGGUCAGACUGAGUCCAAACCAAAGGCCAGGCGGAACAGCUCUGUCUUGCAGGCCCUGCAGAAAGAUGUCAAGUCCUGCAGGGCCCUAGUCUCUUGUGACAGAGCAUUCCACCAAGUCGGGGCCAGUACUGAAAAGGCCCUGGCCCUAGUUCAGACCAAUCUAACCACCUUGCGACUUGGGACCUCCAAAGUGUUAUCAUUUGUGGACCUUAAGGUCCUCCGCGGGGCAUAUCAGGAGAGGCUGUCCCGUAGGUAUGUGGGUCCUAGGCCGCAUAGGGCUUUAAAGGUCAAAACCAGCACCAUUGUAGCAGCAGCAUGGGAUGCAUCUGCAGAAAUGUGGCUCCUCUGGCACCUCUGGAAUAAUACAUGCCCACAUGACCUGCCUUCUUCCUACAUGCAUAGCAAUUGGAAGAGUCUGGUUGCAUACAAACUGCAUAUUCAUAAGCACUGUGCAUGCCUGUGGCAUUUGCCUGUUCAUUUAGAAAAUGUUUGAACAGGGAGAGAGAUAGGGUUAAAAAUAUAGACCAAUAGGAAAGCUGGAGGCGGAGCCUACCUGUGUAUAAAAGGGCUUAGCUCGAGGUUUGAGUUAGUUGUUGUUGGGAGUUGUUGGUGGGUAGUUGGUUGGUUUCAGUGGGUUGGCUGGUUGUGAAAGGCAGUUGGAAAUAGAGAGGCAGUUAGGGUGAAGGACCCUUCCUUUGUUUUUGUUUUGUUUUGUUUUGUUAUGUUUUGUUUUUUCUGGGAUCCUUGGAGCAAUCAGGGAGUUGCUUCAAAGAGUCAAAAUGACAGCAGUAACCGAAUCGUUUAUUUUGUCAUGACAAAAAUGGUACAGACAAGCGUUUACCCGAUGUCUGCCCCCGAAUUCUGAGCUAGCCAGCUUUUUAUACAUUUGCAGAAUACAAUACCACCUGAUUUAUUGUAAACCACCUGAUUUAUGGGAAAUCGAAAGUUAUAGCAAGUUCCUAUUACCAUGUAAGGUCUUGACUCCCUCCUUCCUGCCAUGGCCCCACUACACCACGGCCAUGUGCAUUCCUGAGUUUGCUUAUCUCUUUACAACCUUGAAUAAUAGACAUUUGAGCCUGUUCCAUCAAUGCCAGCCUUGUUCUCCUAACGGACCUCUCCUUUCUGAGAAAGGCCUUUGGGGUUUGCUAUGGCCCUACAAGGGCAGUUGGUUCUUGAGUGAGAGGAGGUAGAAGAGAUAGAGAGAGGAAAAUAAGACUAAGAAAGUAAAGAGCAACAACGUUUGGAAUGCCGGAAAGGUUUGUUUGUGUCUGAAAUAAAAUACACUCUUCUUUAUUAAUUGAGUACCUGACUGAGGCUGAAGUGAUUUUACCGGGGAGGACCUGGUUGGCGGCAGCGGAUGAGUGCUGUACGGGUCAAUAGUCCGUGAGACGACUGGGGGCUCCAUACGAACGCCACAUUGCCCCACCCCCUUUUGGCAGUAUCCCUGAUUGCUUGGACAGAGCCUAGGCACAAACAGUUUGUACUUAGGUAUAGGCUUUUUCUCAAGCUAUGCAUUGAGAGAGAGGAGUGAGCAGGCCCAGUCCUCCUUCCCUUAUUAUCUCCCUCUUUCUUCAGGCUGGCCCUCCUCCGUUCCUAUCUGGUGCUAGGGACAAACAAAGGAACACCCUCUGGUGAUUGCCCAUGGACAUACCCAAGAUAAUAUGCUCCAACUUUAGAACUAAAAUAAAUAACACAGAACUGGAAAACAUCUCUCUCUCUCUCGCUUGGCUGUCAUGAGCAGCAGAUGCUGAAACCAGCCGAAAUAAAGGCUGAAAUAAAACUCUCCAGUCGUCAUUUCAAUUACUUUCCUUCUCACCUUUAUUUUUCUAAUUAUAGAUGUGAUAGUGACAAGAACAAACAGUUGCCAGUCUGACAGCAGUGGAUUUCUGGAAGAUCCUUCAGAGCCCUUACCUCUCCAGGUGAGUGGGGACCGAGAAGCCUAAACCUAAAAAUAUAAAUCACACUGUAAUCUGGAACAGGUGUUCUGCUGAUCGUGAGGUAGGCUUCCUUGCUGACAUGCUAAAUCCGGUUUUGGAUGUCCAUGAGAAAUAUAUCACUUCUCGAUUGCAGGAAUUUUCAGCGGCUAUUUUCUGACUGAUAAAAGUUCCUGCCUGGAUGUUUUCCCUUGCAUACUGAGAAGUUCUAAGCCACGAGUAGGCAAACUAAGACCCAGGGGCAGGAUCCGGCCCAAUGGCCUUCUAAAUCCGGCCCACGGACAGUCCAGGAAUCAGCGUGUUUUUACACAAGUAGAAUGUGUCCUUUUAUUUAAAAUGAAUCUCUGGGUUAUUUGUGGGGCCUGCCUGGUGUUUUUACAUGAGUAGAAUGUGUGCUUUUGUGCUCUGAGCCCCCAAACCCAUCUCCAUGGAACAUAAAGACACAGUGGAGGCAGAAUUUAGUUUAAAGGUUAAUGGGCAAAUUUUGGCCACAACUUUAUUGAAUACACAAGUGUGACUGGUAUUGGCUUAGGCAUUAGUAUCAAGACUAUAACUGGCUCCUGCCCACCCUUUAGGAAGCCUGAAAAGGUAAACAACCAGCAGGGGGAGUGCCAGUGUGGUGUAGUGGUUAAGAGCAGUAGUCUCGUAAUCUGGGGAACCGGGUUUGACGUCUCCGCUCCUCCACAUGCAGCUGCUGGGUGACCUUGGGCCAGUCACACUUCUUUGAAGUCUCUCAGCCCCACUCACCUCACAGAGUGUUUGUUGUGGGGAGGAAAGGAAAGGAGAAUGUUAGCCGCUUUGAGACUCCUUAAAGGAGAGUGAAAGGUGGGAUAUCAAAUCCAAACUCUUCUUCUUCUCUUCUUCUUCAUCAAUGUACAGUGGUACCUCAGGUUACAGACGCUUCAGGUUACAGACUCUGCUGACCCAGAAAUAGUACCUCGGAUUAAGAACUUUGCUUCAGGAUGAGAACAGAAAUUGUGUGGCGGCAGUGGGGCAGCAGUGGGAGGCCCCAUUAGCUAAAGUGGUACCUCAGGUUAAGAACAGUUUCAGGUUAAGAACGAUUGAAUAACUCCAGAACGAAUUAAAUUCUUAACCCAAGGUACCACUGCAUAUUGACUAGUGCUUACCCCUGGGGUUCCCGGGGGUCCUGGCAUGGCCCUAGCCCCUGCCCGGGUUUCGGACAAGAUCCAGACCCCUGGAUUCCUUUAAUAGAAUACCCUAUUAACUGGAGGGGCAGGUGAUGGCCGCACAUCCCCUCCCCACAUUUCCCUAAACCAAUGCCUAACCGCCAAACCUUACAAAGUUGUGACGAUUUCUAAGAGGUAGGCAAAAGCCAAGUGGCCACAGCCAAUCUGCCACAUUGGAAAAAAAUCCUACCCGGCCCCCGGUCCCAAACAGGCAACCAACCGAAGUCCAAAGCAAGGCCAGACACAACCUAACGGGUGGGCGGGCAGGUGUUUGGCAGCGUGAAGCAAUAGAGGGUCUCUCAUGUUGCACUGCCAAACAAAUACCCCCAACCUUGCCACGUUGCCGAUUGGCUAAAGGUCAGUGGCAUAAUUGUGGCACCAUUAGCUGGAGCAGGGCAAAGUCCCGCCCACAAACCAGUUGCGGAAGAGUUCCAGAGCCAUGCACAACAUCCAACUUAUUGAAAAUGCAUCUCUGGGUUAUUUGUGGGGAAUAGGAAUUUGUUCAUCCUCUUCCCCAAAAAUAUAGUCUGGCCCCCCCACAAGGUCUGAGGGACAGUGGACCGGCCCCGUGAAAAAGUUUGCUGACCCUUGUUCUACGCCUAAAUUUCAGGUGUGUUGGUGGUGCCCAUGCUAAUCUUCCAAGUGAGAGUCUUCUUCGCAGCUGAAGGCAUAUGCCAACUGCAACACACACAGCACAAUCCUAGACAUGUUUACUCAGAAGUCAGCCCAUAAGCUCAAUGGGACUCACUGCAUUCCAGGAAUGCAGGAUCCCUCCAGCUGCAUGAUUCUUUGAUUCUACAUGGACUCAGAAAUAAGUCUAACUGAUUUCAGUGGAGCUUACUUCCAGGCUGGAGUCCUAAACACCCUAGGAGUUACGCCCCCUUAAAUACAGUGGAGCUUACUUCUGAAUAAGCAGGUACUGGGUUGUGUGAUUAGAAGAAUAGGCCAAAGCCUUCCAGUUCCACUGGCCUUCUACUGUUUGUGAGAGGCUGGGAGUAGGGAUGCAUGAAUCUGUCAAUUUGUUUCCCAUUUCCCCAAUUUUAAGUUCAGUUUACCAACAUUCUCACAUCUGGUUGUGAAUUUAAAAACGAUAAUCAACAGAAUUUUAGUACUGUACGUAUGUCUCUUGACAGACACAUAUAGUUGGGUGCAAUUUUGCCUACUAUAUACAGUUCCCCAAACAAUUUCCCCAUAUAUUUUGCCAUUUUGUAUGUUGUUUUCAUAUAUGCAUUUUUGUGUGCACCCCCUCAUACAGACCAUUUUGUACCCUUUCAUACGCUUAAAAAAAAACUUGCAAAAAGCUAAAGUAAGCAGUUGUGCUGAAAAAAAUGGGUUGGAUUCAGACUAAACAGCAGAAUCCUAUAUAUGUCUCCUCAGAAGAACACUGAGUUGAGGUAAGGAUUACUCCCAAGUAAGUGCAUAUAGAAUUGCAGUCAAAUUGAACUUAGCUCUUAGUGGUUUCUCUUCAUCUGACCUUACACCAGAUUCACUCCAUCGUAAUGUUAAAGUGAUAUUAUUUUUCUUCCAGGGCUUGUCUCUGCCUGGUAAUUUGAGACUUAGCUGCGGUUCCAAGGAUUGUCAAGCAUUCCUGCGACAGAGGAAAGAUUCUGCUCUGACCAGCCAGGAUCUUCUGCCCAGUGCUAGCAUAUCGAGAGCAGAUAGUAGCAAUGCUAUCUUCAUGCCCAGCCUCAGCAGAGAACACACUUUUCAGGGAGAGGAGAUAUUUUAUUCCAUAAAUGAAGAAGAUGAUAUGUGUGAGACUUGCAGUGGUCCGUUUGAAAGCGCAUCUGAAGAAGCCCUACAGGAUAUGGAUGAGGAGGAGUUGCAAGGACAACAGAAGAGAGAAGAUAAUUGUGUACAAGGCUGCAGUUCACAACCUUGUCCUACUGACAAUACAAAUCCGGGAGAUGCUAGCCCUUUCGAUAGGAACGGCCUCUCCUCCUCUAGUGAAAGGCACCAAAGUGUAAGUUCUGCUCUCACAGAGGGAAGCUGUGCGACUGCCAUGGGCCUCAGUGGCCACCAAAUCAGUAAAGGUACAAGAGGAAGUGAAGAAUGUUUGACUGAAGGGGAGGAAACGAGAGACGGGUGUGAAGAAGGUGUUCCCGAAAGUAUUGCAGAAUGUGUGGAAGGAAAGUACUCUGUGAAGGGUUGUAGAAAGUUGCACUCUCUUGUUGUGGAGGAUGUUGCAAGCGGGUGUCGGGAGACUGAUAGAAAUGGGGCGGUUAGAUCCUUGGAUAUAUCUGGAGCACCCAAAAUUGAGUGUGACACGGUGGCUUCACAACCAGAGAUCAAUGCCAUCUUGAGAAGUCCUCUUCAUGAUUCUAGCCUUUCCCCUCACUACUUUGAAGAGGGAGACAUUAGAGCCUCGGACACAUUGUCAACAGGUGUGGAACUGAGCGAAGAAGGAACUGGUGCUAAAACAAAUACUAGCCUUUCAAAAUCUGUCACUGUUCAGAUGCCUUCGAGACUUAUGUCAACGAUGCGGAGCUUCUCACUGGGUGAAGCUGCUGUAAAAGGUCAAUAUCUGGAUUUCGCAUCCAAGGAUGAGCCUCAAAUUGCAUCAGUACCAGGUAUGCCAAAAGAGGACAAGAAGCGAGUGAGAGAAGCUUCUAUUCAGACUGAAAGGAGCCACAGAAAGAAAGCAGCUCUCCCUCUGUCUCAGAGUCUCCCUUCGUUUCAUGGGCAUGGACCUCUUGUGAAGUCUGCAUCUCUGGAUACAGGGCUUUAUGGGAAAUACAGAUCUUACGGCCCGGAGCCUCUCAAUUCCUGCUGUGCCCAGCAUAGAGGUCCCUGCUACCCUUUGUGCUCCCAUCACUGCUGUUUGCUGUGGCCUUUUCCUUUAGCUCCUUCAUGCAGACAUCCAGUGGCCUGCUUCUCAUCUCAUGCCACCAUCGAACUGCAGCUUCUGAAAACUCUCAAGCUAUUGCAGGACACAGCAAUGAGAAAUAUUUCCUCGGUGAGUAUAUAACUCAGUGGGCUACCCAGCAAGUGUUCUGCUUGCUUCAGCCCAUGGAACCUGUGUUCAAGUAAAAUCUGCUAUAUAUUUUGGAAAGUUGUUCAUUUGCUUGCCAAGCAUUUGAACACCUGGAUCAUAACCAAAUUUGGCAAGAUGGUUCUUGAGACCACGCAGGAGGUUUUCAUCUAUGUUUGUGUAUAAUUGGGUGCCAUUUUGAAUCAAGGUGGCAGACUGAACCUUUCAAAACUGCCUUGAUUUUAAUCACUGGUUUCAAAACAGCACUGAUAUUUUGCUUCCAUAAAAUCCCUGAGCUAUGUCGGGUAUGAAGAGUUUGGAUUUGAUAUCCCGCUUUAUCCCUACCCUAAGGAGUCUCAAAGCAGCUAACAUUCUCCUUUCUCUUCCUUCCCCACAACAAACACUGUGAGGUGAGUGGGGCUGAGAGACUUCAGAAAAGUGUGACUAGCCCAAGGUCACCCAGCAGCUACAUGUGGAGGAGCAGGGAUGCAAACCCGGUUCACCAGAUUACGAGACUACGGCUCUUAACCACUACACUGGCUCUAUAAGGUUGCUAUUAAUCAAUACAGGGGUUUUAAACAGCAGAUUAGGAAGCUGUCUUACACAAGGACAGACAAUAUGCCUAGCUAGUCCAAGAAUGUAAACUCUGACCAUCUCCAAGGGAAAAACACUGAUUUUUCACAUCACUUCCUAUCUGACAUUUUAACUUGAGAUUCUUACCUGGCUUCACUUGCCCUUCCUUGCCCUUCUGAUACUUCUAAUGAGGGGAUGGAGUGUGUCUGAGUGGCAAGUCUAAUCACAAUGUCUGUGGCCCUAUUCAGACAUGGAUUUUAUAUAUACGAAAUGUGGGGAGACAGAACCAGGAUCUCAACCCACUUGGCCAAACCUCUGAACACCUCGGUUCUUUUCUUUUCUUUUUUUAAAAUAAUUUUUAUUAAGGUUUUAGACAAUAAAAAGAGAAAAAAACAUACACAAUACAUAUAACAACAACACACACAAAAAGCAACACAAAAUUCAACAAAAAAAAAAAAAAAACAUAACAAUUAAAAACAAUAUCUCUUUUCCAUUUCCAUUUUUAAAUUACUUACUUUCUGGACUUCCUCAUACCUCCCUCUUUUGUAUUCCAAUCCAAAUUAUUUGUCCAGCAGUUUCUUUUCCACUUUUUUAUGCCCAAACUUUAAUUUAAUAAAAUAUUAAAAUAUAUAACUUCAACUUCUUUAAACCUAAUCCUUGGUCUUAGUAUCAUAUAACAUUAAAAUUUUCCCUCUUAAUAUCAAAUUUCCAUUUCUUUAAACAUCUUUAAUCUUAAUCUUUAAUCUUAGUCUAUCAUUAACUUUAACCUGUACAGCUGGAAACCACUUAUUUUCAAUCCAACAUCACUCUAACAUUCUUUAAUUUUGCAGUGUUUCUGAAGAUAGUCUUUGAAUUUCUUCCAAUCUUCCUCCAUCGACUCUUCUCCCUGGUCACGGAUUCUACCAGUCAUUUCCGCCAAUUCCAUAUAGUCCAUAAGUUUCAUCUGCCAUUCCUCCAGCGUGGGAAGUUCUUGUGUCUUCCAAUACUUUGCGAUGAGUAUUCUUGCUGCUGUUGUUGCAUACAUAAAGAAAGUUCUAUCCUUUUUAUCACCAUUUGGCCGACCAUGCCCAGGAGAAAGGCCUCUGGUUUCUUAGGGAAGGUAUACUUAAAUACCUUUUUAAUUCAUUAUAUAUCAUUUCCCAGAAAGCCUUAAUCUUUGGGCACGUCCACCAAAGGUGGAAAAAUGUACCUUCAGUUUCUUUACAUUUCCAACAUUUGUUAUCGGGCAAAUGAUAGAUUUUCGCAAGCUUGACUGGGGUUAUGUACCACCUGUAUAUCAUUUUCAUAAUAUUCUCUCUUAAGGCAUUACAUGCCGUAAAUUUCAUACCUGUGGUCCAUAACUGUUCCCAGUCAGCAAACAUAAUAUUAUGUCCAACGUCCUGUGCCCAUUUAAUCAUAGCCGAUUUUACCGUUUCAUCCUGAGUAUUCCAUUUCAGCAGCAAGUUAUACAUUCUUGACAAAUUCUUAGUUUUGGGUUCUAACAAUUCUGUUUCCAAUUUGGAUCUUUCCACCUGGAAGCCAAUUUUCCUGUCCAAUUUAAAUGCCUCCAUUAUCUGAUAAUAAUGAAGCCAGUCUCGCACUUUGUCUUUUAGUUUUUCAAAACUCUGCAAUUUCAGUCUAUCUCCGUCUUGUUCCAAAAUUUCCCAAUAUUUCGGCCAUUUGACCUCCAUAUUGACCUUUUUCAAGGCUUUCGCUUCCAUUGGUGACAGCCACCUAGGGGUUUUGUUUUCUAAGAAAUCCUUAUAUCUUAACCAAACAUUAAAUAGCGCUUUCCUGACAAUGUGGUUUCUAAAUGCUUUAUGUGCUUUGACCUUAUCAUACCAUAAAUAUGCAUGCCAUCCAAAUACAUUAUUGAAACCUUCCAAGUCCAAAAUGUCAGUGUUUUCAAGAAGUAGCCAUUCUUUCAACCAGCAAAAGGCUGCUGAUUCAUAGUAAAGUUUAAGGUCUGGCAGGGCAAAUCCACCUCUUUCCUUUGCAUCUGUUAGUAUUUUAAAUUUUAUUCUAGGCUUCUUGCCCUGCCAGACAAAUUUAGAAAUAUCUUUCUGCCACCUCUUGAAACAAUCCAUUUUGUCCACAAUCUGCAAAGUUUGGAACAAAAACAACAUUCUAGGCAAUACAUUCAUUUUUAUCGCAGCAAUACGGCCCAGCAGUGAAAGCUUCAAAUUUGACCAAAUUUCUAAAUCUUUUUCACUUCAGACCAGCAUUUUUCAUAAUUAUCUUUAAAUAAGUUCCCAUUUUUUGCUGUCAUGUUAAUCCCCAAAUAUUUAACUUUCUUAACCACUGUUAAACCUGUCUCAUUCUGAAACCUCUCUCUUGAACACCUCGGUUCUUUUCAGAGAUUUGGCUGAACACUCAGAGGCUGGCAGUGGGGGCACCAUGUGUGAUCCUGUUCCCCUUUCCGUACAUGCAAUAAACACAGAAUACCCAUCUGCACAGGGCCAGGGCCUCCAGGAAAAGGCAUACAUAAAAGGCAUGCAUUCCUACAGAAAGGAGACCUGUUUACAUGGCAUUUUGCCAGUGCUGCCUGUUCCAUAUUUCACACCAUGCAUCAAGGAGGGUCUAAAUCAGGGGUCAGCAAACUUUUUCAGCAGGGGACUAGUCCACUGUCCCUCAUACCUUGUGGGGAAGCCGGACUAUAUUUUUUGGGGGGGAAAUAUGAACGAAUUCCUAUGCCCCACAAAUAAACCAGAGAUGUGUUUUAAAUAAAAGCACGCAUUCUACUCAUGUAAAAACACGCUGAUUCCCGGACCGCCCACAGGCCGGAUUGAGAUGGUGAUUGGGCCAGAUCCAGCCCCUGGGCCUUAGUUUGCCUACCCAUGGUCUAAAUAUAUGGCCUACAUUGAUUUCUUUGUGCAGUGGUACCUCAGGUUACAUAUGCUUCAGGUUACAUACGCUUCAGGUUACAGACUCUGCUAACCCAGAAAUAGUGCUUCAGGUUAAGAACUUUGCUUCAGGAUGAGAACAGAAAUUGUGCUCCAGCGGCAUGGCGGCAGUGGGAGGCCCCAUUAGCUAAAGUGGUGCUUCAGGUUAAGAAAAGUUUCAGGUUAAGUACAGAUCUCCGGAACGAAUUAAGUACUUAACCUGAGGUACCACUGUAUUUGAAACACAAGGUUGUAGCAGUUUCCCAGAGAGUCAGAUGGGGCUGGAUUUAAGAUGAGAGAUAGGAUUUGGUUGUGAGAUAUGGCUAAGGUUCAGGUUAAGAGAGAGGGUUUGAUUGGAGUUGGGAGUUAGGGAGUGAGAUGAGGAGAACUGGUUCUGAGUGAAGCUAAACACCCACACUGGGACUGAGCCUUGCAGCUUGGAUAGGGAGACCAGGUUGAGGGUCUGGGGGAGGUAUACAGGCAGGAGGGUCCUGGGAUGGCUAAGUCUGAGCCAGGAGAGGGAGAUCCUGUGGGAAUUCAGGCUACUUGGGUCUCAGUCUAGCCAGGAUGGGAGAGUUCUUCUAGGUACUGAAGACUCCCAACCUAGUCACAAGGUCUGGGUCUCUUAUACCAUUUGGAAUACCUCAGUUGUGGGAUGGUUAAGAGAGUGGGUAACUGAGAAGUGCCCCUCGCUCAUGAACCAAAGUAUUAAGCUGCAAAGGAAGUGGUAUAGUGUUGAAAAUAUUUAACUGUAAUAUCUAAACAACAGAAACAGAGUUGAGCAUUUGACCAUCAAUUCUGGACACCUGAACAUCUACCACCUGAAGUGUAACACCUGAUUUUUAGUACAGUAACUGAAGUUUAAGAGGAACUGUGCCUAUGCAGUGGUACCUCAGGUUACAAACGCUUCAGGUUACAGACUCCGCUAACCCAGAAAUAGUAUCUCGGGUUAAGAACUUUGCUUCAGGAUGAGAACAGAAAUUGCGCAGCAGCAGCAGGAGGCCCCAUUAGCUAAAGUGGUACUUCAGAUUAAAAACAGUUUCAGGUUAAGAACGGACCUCCAUAACAAAUUAAGUACUUAACCCGAGGUACCACUGUAGUAGUGUGUUUAAGCAUGAAACAUCUUAGAGUUAGUUAAAGGAAACAAGUUAACUUCUACCUGAAAGAACGCACUUCCUGACCCACUUCAGUUCAUAAACCAUUUUUGUUUAAUAAAACUUUUUAUUGUUUGUUUGAUUAUUUUCUGCCUCUCUAAUCAUUCAGUUUUCCCUCAUACAUGUCCCCCACUAGAUAAGCUGUGGUAAAUUGUAGAAACUCGUGUAAUUGGUGUACCGUGAGGUGGGCACACUAUAAUUAAUUGGGGGCAAUUAGCAGGAGUGGAUCCGCCGCAUUAUUAAUGGGUGGUAUUAAUUGGGUGGAUUUGCUACAGAGGCCUUAACCCCUAGUGGUUUGAAUAUGAACAAUAUCAGUAAGGAGGAAAUGGGGUUCACAACAUUGAGAUGCCUUUUGCGACAUCUUUCCCCCCGCGCCCCCCACCCGGUCAUGUCACAAUUUUUCUGGAAUAUUCCAACACUUGAACACUAGAUGGCAAUGUUUCAUUAACUCGCUCACAUCUGGCUAAACCCUUUCAAACUGCAUGGACAGUACCCUUUUUCUUUCUUGUGAGGACUGAUAGAAAAGGUUUUCCCCUCAGGAAACCUAAAUGAUAAUGCAGUGGCCUGACAAGGAAGCAGUGCACCACUGUACUUGGAGCAAAAGAGGAAAAAUAGAUCAGAUUAAAUAGCUCUGUUGGUAGAGACUCUUAAUUUCAGGGCCGUGGGUUUAACCCCCACAUUGGGUAAAAAAAAUCUGCAUUGCAGGGGAUUGGACUAGCCGACCCUUGUGGUCCCUUCCCGCUUAAUGCUUCUAUGAUUCUACUCCUGUUUCACACUUCAUUCUAUUAAAUCAUUAUCUUAUAUGGCUUAAAAACAAAACCAGAAAGAGAUCACUCUGUCCAUAUGUUCCUAGCUUUGAGAUGUGAGCAUGCAAUCUCAGGAUCUUAUGUUCCCUUGACCAGGGCCAGAUUUAGGUUUGAUGAGGCCCUAAGCUACUGAAGGUAAUGGAGCUCUUUAUAUGUGAUAUUUUAGGGAGCAGGCUAGCAGGCAGGGCCCAUUAUAGGAGCCUACACAACACUAAACACUGUUGCUGUAUGUAGGCUUUAUUUUAUUUGUUUUUUAUCUUAUAUUUUGGAAAUGUACAUCCAGGGUUUUUUCCCCCCUUUAAAUUUUUUGGGGGCCCCCAAGAGAGUGAGGCCCUAAGCUAUAGCUUGUUUAGCUUAUACUGUACCUAAAUCCGGCACUGCCCUUGACACAUGUACCAGAGAAGUAGAAUGGGGAUAGGUGGCCUUUGGUAAAACUGGUGAAUGUCUAUGAAGAGACACAGAUAUCUGUUUAGGUUUAUAUAAGGUUAAAUGUGUAUGUGUAGAAAUCUGAAUGUCUACCUAUAAUAGCUGUGGCUAUAUGUUGAAUUUGUUAUGUACUGAAGUUCUCACCCUGGGCCAGCAGGGGGAUACUGUAGAUAGUUUUCACUCAGGUCCACAUAUGCAAAUAAGGGAUUGAAAGUGACGUUCAGUGAUUGGAUAGUUACAGAAAAUGGGUACUGUUGCGUUCUAGUGGAGCUCUAUAUAAGCAGGCUGGCUGAACCCUUCAGUUCAGUUCUGUUCUGGCCUGUGAAUAAACAAGAGCUGUUUGAAGAAUCGCUGUGUCGUCUGAUAUGUUCACCCACAACUUAACAGAAUUGUUGCCUCUUCUUGAUCUUAUGUUUAGUGCACAGUCCAUGAAAUCGAAGUCAUGAGGAAUUCGUGCCAGAAGUUUCGAGAACGGCUGGAUGAGAUUGAGCAGCACAUGACGGAGCAAGAGGCUCUCUUUUCCAGUGCGAUGUCAACGGAGGGGCGGUAAUGUGCCUUCAUUUCACACCCCAGCCCUGCAUUUGUGGCACCGUCAUGUGCACCACAAAAAAACACAGACACACACAGUGCAUCUUAUUGUACACAGAAGGGCUUCUCUUAAAAAUGGCGCAGUACGUGCUAUUUAAACUUCAGAGGGCUCUCCAAACAAAACAAUCAUGACAAUGGCAUAAAUUGCAUGCAGGGUGGUUUUUCUCCCAUCUGGUAGACAUGUCAUCACAUUUCCUACAGCUGUGCAACAUCUGCAGUGUCUUUAGGGCGGCGUGAGGGAAAUCUAACAAUUACCCUUGGUGCCAUGGCAAAUAGGCUGUGGUUAUAUAAUAAGCAUGAAUUAAUGCACCAUCUUGAUCUUAAAAGACUAGCAGAGAAAGAGAGAGAACUGAAUCCCAUGGUUAUGAAUUUAAUUUACUCAGAUUACCGUGUUCCAGCUUUAAUUCAGUCCUAUGAACAAGCGUGUUGCCAAGUAUAGGAAAUGAAUUGUGUCCAGGAGUGAAUGUAAUUAAACUUGGACAUGAUUGUCUUUGUAAUAUGUUUUGAUGAUAUUAAGGGAAGCGGAGGCCUCACUGAGGGUUGCCUUUCUGUCUUUUGUCUUGUCCCCCUGCCGUCUACCACAGAGAGGAAAGAAGACAGUUGCAGGUCUUGCGGCAAGCUGUUCGCCGAGAGGUCGCUGAACUGGAAGGGCAGCUGCAGGAUCGGGCUCGCCAGGUUAGGGAGGGAAUUCUAAUGGUACGUAACCAGAGCUCUUCAGCAUCUGCACUGGCCUCCUGGACACAAAUCACAGGCCUCUUUUCCUAAAGGACUUAAGGCCACGUAACUCAAGAGGCCAAGCGUUUUGGUCAGACAAGGGACUAGCAACCAGCUAGGCCUCAUGAACCCUGUUGUGUGAGGGAAAUUGGGAUUUGCCUGGUGUAGGAGCACCACAUAUAAACAUGGUAGAAAGCAGGGCUUUUUUUCAGCCGGAACUCACCAGAACUCAGUUCCGGCACCUCUCAGGUGGGCGCCAUUGCCAUUGUAAGAGAAGGUAAAGGUAAAAAGGUAAAGGAUCAGUCAAAGGCAACUGGGGUUGUGGCGCUCAUCUCGCUUUCCGGCCAAGGGAGCCAGCGUUUGUCCACAGGCAGCUUUCUGGGUCAUGUGGCCAGCAGGAGCAAACCGCUUCUGGCGCAACAGAACACCAUGCCGCGAACCAGAGCGCACGGAAAUGCCAUUUACCUUCCUGCCACAGUGGUGCCUAUUUAUCUACUUGAACUGGUGUGCUUUCAAACUGCUAGGUUGUCAGGAGCUGGCUCAGAGCAACGGGAGCUCACCCUGUUGCGGGGAUUCGAACCACUGACCUUCUGAUCGGCAAGCCCAAGAGGCUCAGUGGUUUAACCCACAGCGCCACCCGCGCCCCUAUUGUAAGAGAACGAGGGAGGUGUUCAUGCUGAGUUCCGGCACCUCUUUUUCUGGAAAAAUAGCUCUGGUAGAGGCAAACAACAGCUCAGCAGUUAGUAGCAGCUGGUGUGGUGGGACAGAGUCACCCCUUCUGACAUGAACAAACUGGUGCAGCCAAUGUGGCAUUCCAGCUGGUACAUCAGCAGAACCCUAACAUUGCUUCCACCCUGCCCCAGUGACUCUGCAGUGGCAAAAGUGUAAAGUUGUUGUUGUUGUUGUUGUUAUAUUUUAUUUAUACUCUGCCCAUCUGGCUGGGUUUCCCCAACCACUCUGGAGAAGGUGGCGACUCUGUGGUUCCAGCACAGUAGCUGCUACUCUGAUUAGUUAUGUUGGUUAUUUGCAGAUUAGUUGCGCUGCAGAAAGCGUGCUGUGAAGACCACACAUUCAAGAAACGCAAAAUAAUUUUUGCUCGGUUUUAAUAACAAAAACAAAAACUCCUUUUACACUAAAUUACAAUAUUAAUAAGCAUGACCCAUUCACCAGGGUACUGAGAGAGCUACAGGCUGCUCUUUAUAUUCCAUACCCAACAGCUUACUUACCACAACUUAACGGCACCUGCUAUACUGCUUCACAGCUGUAAAACUAGGUCACGUUAUUUGCUCUGGCCUUUAAAGAAAUACACAUCUUGUGAAACAAUAAUGAACCUUAAAAUUUAAAGAGACUAUUGAGCAAGUUCAUGGAUGCUGCAAGUUAUCAGGCAACACCUGAACACCCUAAGCAAUAGGGCUUAGCAGAAGCAAAAUCCAGGAGCUAUUCUAUACCAGUUGUUACACAGAAGGACUUCUGCUUUAGCUUUGAACUUAUGCAUUCUCCUCUCCCUUCUCCUCCUCCUCCUCCUCCUCCUCCUACAUGGGUUUGGAAACUAUGUAAUCUAUAACUUCUCAUUUUCUCCAAACUAGAGAAUCGUACUAACUAUGGUUAGUCUAAACAAACCCGCUUCAAAAACCAUGGUUUGUAGUACACUUCCUUUGAAACAGACCAUAGUUACUGUUAAUUCCUAUAGACAAAUAACCCUGAGGCUCAUUCGUGUAGCGCUAAACCAUGGACUCAGCUAGACUGGCAAAGAAAAAGUGAUUUAUAUGUGUUGUAUAUGCGAUAUAUCAUUGUGCCACCAAGAUGGUGAUGUGGAGCCCCAUUUUUCUCUACCUAUUUUCCCUGUUUAAAUUUACAAUGCUUUAAACUGAAACGCUUCUUUGAUGUGUCUGGAUCCAGUCCUUGUUUAACUAGGGUUGCCAUAUUCCAGACAAAAGAGUUGUUGACCUUUUUUCAGAGGGUGGGGAAAUCUAAAAAAAGAAAAUAAUUUUUUCGGCUAGAAGAAAAUAGGGUUUUUGGGGGGGCUAGUUUUAAGAAAAUCAGCAAAAAUAACCCCACUUACAACAUGGGUUGCCAUACACCCGGGUUUUCCUAGACAUUUAAAGCGGACAUUAAACAUUCUGCCAGGACACCAUUUUGGGGAUCAAAAUCCUGGCAAAGGCCAGGAUUUUCCGGACGUAUGGCAGCCCUAGUUUAACAUUAUAUCUGAACAUCGUCGUUAUUAUUUACUACUGAGUGGUCCCAUCUCUCUCUCUUUUAAAUCAAUAUAUCUCUGUGUUUCACACAUCUCUUUGCAGCAGCUGAAUCAGCUAUUAGGUGAACAGUCCAACCUGUGCUCAGAACUUGGAAUACCCGAUCGGACGGAAGAAAGAGAGCCUAAAACCGGGCACGCUCACAGUACUCUUCCAGAUGCUGCUGACGAUUUCUUUUCCAGAGCUGGGUAUUCCAAUAAUAUCCACCACAGGCCUCCGAGUAGGAGUGCAACAGUCCCCUCAAGCCCCUCCAGCACUUUAGUCAGACAAACGGAGCUGAAGGCAUCAACCUCUCUCGCAAGCGGCAAGGCCAAUUCUGCGUCGGACCCCAAGGAACUUCACACCAGUAAAAAAGAAGUCAAAAGUCAAAAGAUAGACUUCAAGGCCUUCAUCCAGAAUGUAAGAAUCAAGUUGCAUUCUGGUUCCUACCAGGGGUGGAACCUCUAUUCUCCAGAGCCUUUGAGGGUGGGCAGAGGAAGCACUCAAGUCAUAGCUGUCAACUUUCCCCUUUUCUUGCGAGGAAUCCUAUUCGGAAUAAGGGAAUUUCCCUUAAAAAAAGGGAAUGUUGACAGCUAUGACUCAAGUUCCUUGUCGAGUGGGAACCGUCUUGAAUAGUGCUGCACAGCUUUGAGUGUAUAGGCUACAUUUUUGUGGUUGGUUCGCUCUUAACUCUUCUUAUUUCUCUCUUUUUCUCCAUCAGCUGAAGAAAUCUUUCCGAAAUUCUUUCAGCAAUGACGCAGCAGAAGGAAAAGACUGA